AUGCUGCUAGGGUCCAUCUUCAGACCUUUCGAGUGCCGCCUGGAAGUGAUGACAGAGAGAAUCAAGAGACAGGUGACUGACGCCGAAGGGGGCUUUACCAACUACACGGCACCUAUCAAAGACCAACCCAUGGUCUUCAGCCAUAUAUACAACAUAAAUGUGCCUCUGGACAGCCUCUGCGCAACAUCCCUAGAGGCUUCCUCUGACCCAGAGGUGAGUUCAGAAGAUGACCGGAUGACGGAAUACACCGAACAGACCUCAGACAGUGAGAGCCAGGUCACCUUCACCCACAGGAUAAACCUCCCCAAACAGACUUGCAAGUGUACCGCCUCCUCCCGGGACAUACAAGAGCUGCUGAGCAGGAUUGAGAUGCUGGAGAGGGAGGUGUCCAUGCUUCGUGACCAAUGCAACUCCAAUUGCUGUCAAGAAAAUGCAGCCACAGGUAGUAACUGAUGCCGUGGGGUCUUGAUGAAAGCUAAGAAAAUUCAAAUAAAAAAAGAAUGAAUUUAUGAGUCAUUUGCUUAGUGUUUCUCAAACUUGGGUCCCCAGCUGUUGUUCGACUACAACUCCCAACAUCCCAUCAGGGGUGAUGGGAGUUGUAGUCCAACAACACCUGGAAUCCCAAGCACUGCUGGGGUAGGCAGAAUUCUGUAUUGUGCUUUCAGAUUUCCAGGAAGGUCGUCAAGUUUUGCAGACCUGGAAUUUGCUCUAGUUUUAACCCUAACUCGCAACAUUAGAUUCACUUUCAUUUUUUAAAAAACCACAGGUAUAUAUCUUUCUCUCCUUCUCUUCCUUUUUCUACACCUCUCUCUCUUUCCGCAGCACCCUAAACAAAACACAACAACAAGUAUGUGCCCCCUAGUCACCCAGUUAAAGGUAUGCCUAGUGACAUGCCAUGGACAAAAUAAAUUAAUUCAUCAUAUGGAAAGGUCAAAAUUGGUGGACCCUCCUUAUCCAUUUGGGCAGGAUGUGUGCCCAACUGGCAGGUUGCUGUGCUCCCCCUUUCAGGUAUAUACCACACCUUGCUGGCUUUGGAAGGUCAGUCCCAAGAUCAGCUUUCAGCCACUGGGUAUUUAGCUGAUUUAGGGGGAAGAUACCUGAAUGCGCUUAGGCAUGACUCUUAGGUGGGGGGUUCCCAGAGUGUGGUCCAUGGACCACCUGUGGUCCACAAGCUUCAUUCAUACAGCCUACAGCAUGGCUGUGAAUUUGUAGUUGAAGUCGGGAGAUAGUACAUCUAUUGCAUUAACUAUUCAUAUUGAUUUUUUGAAUUGGAUUUUAUUGCUUCUUCUAUUUCUUGCAUUGGAUUUUAUUGUAUUAUGAUUUGAAUUCUAUGGAAUUCAGAUUGUAAUGCAAUGUAAUGUAUAAGAAAUAAAAAAGCAAUAAAAAUACAAUUAAAAUGAUAGGGCACCUGGCAUAGCACAUUACGAUUACUAUAACCAGCCAAAAUAAUAAUAAUCAUUAAGUGGUCCAUCAAGACCCUCAGCAGUUUUCAAGUGGUCUGGGGUCCCACCAAACAUACUAGUGAAAUGACUAACUAGAAGCUAAAGCUUGUUGAUAGUGGUGAGACAGAAGCAGAGGGACAAUUCUGGCUAUUGGGCUGUCCAGGGGGUGCUGAAGAAUGAAAAUGCAUGCAUGAGAAUGUCUACUCUUAUCUGGGAGGCUUGAAAGCAUCCUCCUCCAUGCACAAUGCUUCAGACGUGAUGGAGAAGUUGAGGGACCAGGUAACCUGAAUGCUUUGUGCUUUCUCCCUGCAUAUAUCCAUCACAAUUCAAACAGAGCUUUUACAUCUCUCCUAGAUGAGAAAUGUCCAAGGUGAGCCCAAGUUGGGAGCUCAUUUCCCUGCUAAGGGAGAUGCUAAAGUUCUGUUCUGGAUGAGAUGGAGAAGUGCAGAAGCAGUAAUCAGUGGAGUGCACAUCCAGGACUGAGUGUGAGAAUCUCUACACAUUCAUCUGCCAAACAGAAGUUUACAUAUUUAUUAUAUCCUUUAUCAAGUUUGUAACCAAACCUCUGUUCAAAGAACUCAGGAUGGCAUGCAUGAGGCGUUGUCCCAUGUUGCCUGCAUAACUUCCCUGCGAGAUGGGUUAGGCAGUGAAAUAAUGAUUUGCCCAGCUAGCUUCAUGGCUGAAUGAAUAUUUGGAGUUGAGUGAAAAUCCCCCCUCCCCAAGUAACAAAAACACUUGGAAGCAUUGAAUAUGAGGAGGACUGUGGCAAAAGUUGAUGGGGUGUCAAAAUUCUUCAAAAGAUUCAUUGGGGGCCACAAUAUCAGUGGUAGCAUUUCAUUUGAUCCCCACCACAUCUAUUGCCCAGUUAAAAACACACACAAGUUUUCUGGCAGCCCAGAUUGCAUGCACCAAUUUGAGCUGAGAGUUCUCAAGCAAUAAUUUUGAGCUCAGCCUUAGUCUGAACCCAAGCUUAGCUUGGCAUGCGCACAGGGCUUCUUGAGUUAGGGAGGCCCGGGAGAUAAAGGUUCAGGGAAAGGUUUGAACUGUUGAGAAACACCACCCUAGAGAGACUUCGACAUCUUGAGGAAGUCUCUCCCUUGUUGUCAGACAGCCAAUCAAAACCAGAAUGUAGAGACUUAAUGUUAAUAAAAACAUUUUUAAAAACCCAGAGUGUAGAAGCAGUAAAGCUCAGCAAGACAUAUUGCUUUAUCUUGAGCAGCCUAAAAUAAAACUGUGAGGCAACAGUUUGCAAAAACCAUCUUGUAGCUGAAAGCAGUAUGGUUUCUACUGAGCCUGCUUUCUACUGAGUGGGGGUGACUGCAGCUGAUGGGCUACCCUGUUCCACCCUACAUUUGUCUCACUGCAGCACUGCUUCCCUUUGUCUCACUAGCUGUAAAUUACAUUAUUCCAUUCAUUUUAAUUCAUAAGAGACAGAAUGGGAGGUGGGGGAGUGGUAAUCAAUCAUGUAUCACUUGCAGACUGAAAGCAAGAACAGCAGCAAAUACAGAUUGUAUUCACUUGAUUGAUCCCCAUUCCAGCCAAAAAUGGCCAUUUGCAAGCCUGUUUCUGUUUUCAUUGGUCUUCUUCAAUAUCUCAGGUGGCUUCAAGCCUGUUUUGGGCAAGGAUUGGCUGCGCAAUUUAGUUCCCCACUACCUGUGGGUGUGGUUUGUGGGAGUGAGGCCAAAUUGUGGGCCUUGUGGACCCAAUUGGUGCUCAGGCCAGGCCCAAAUGCACCUGUGGGUGGGAGGUUUCCCACCCCUGCAAUAUAUCAAAGAAUACAGUGCUUUCUAUCUUCUGAAGCUGCAAUCCUGCAUCCAAUUGCAUAUGCAUAAGUCCCUUAGCAUACACAUGGCCGCUAGCAACUGUAAAAAAACCAACGUAAAUAAAUCAGACGUGUGUGCAUGCACACACAGUUAAAACACCUGGGAGAGUAUCUUUAGCAGUCAGGAACCAUCAACAAAAACAUUUAUAAUGAAAGCACUGGUUUUCGUCUGAAUAACAAAGCACAAAGCUUUGUGGAGCUCACUUGUAUACCUUCAGGUUUAGUCUUUCAAAAGACACGGUUCAGUUGGUCAUCUCUAGAAGUCUGUUCUUCAAAAGUAAGGAAACAGCAGGCUAUUGUAAUAAGGCGGUUUUCAAAGGGGUUUGUUGGUAUAAUGAAUCUCAGUCCCAAAAGAGAGAAGCAGAGUACAGAAAAUGCUUUACACCUGAGGGAAUAUUGUAAAAGAGAGAGGCGUUUUUGAAAGAGUUUCUGCCUGCCUCCUUGACAUUGUGUACACAUCCAGCAGGGAGAGCCAUGGAAAAAAUACUAAAAUUAAUCCUUGCUUCCAAAUACGUGGGAGUUCCUAAACCUGGCAGCCUCAUUUACAAACAUCACCAUUGCGGAUCAGUCCCCAAAUUGCAGGGGAGAAGGGAACCCAUUUCCCUGCAAACACUACAGCAUUUGCUACUGCAUGUUUUGUAAAAGAGCAUUGUAGGAGACUAAAACAUAGGACGAAAACCACUUGGCAAAUAGGAGCACUCAUCUCAAAAUAGCUACUAGCCCAGGUUUCAUUUCUCUGCCGGUGUCCCCCAAAAUUCUUUUUCUCUAUGCAGCAUCUCACAAAAGACUUCAAUUCCUGCUGACACCAAAGACAGAGCCAAAAUUUGACACCUGAGGCAGGCACCUCACUCUGCAAAUACACAAACUACUACACACACAACAAUGGCUCCUCACACCACCUCACUUAAUCCUUUUCACAGCAAGCAGGCCCCACAUUCGGCAAGUUAAUGAAUUCUGCUGUCUUGACCAAGCACAGCAUUGCCUUUAAGAAGGACCUUUAAGAAGGACCAUCACAAGAGCUGCCAGGCCUCCACACCUGACCGGCUUUCAGGGAAAAUCUUAGCAUAAAGGGACCCUGCAGGUUGUCUUCUGCUCAGCUUAAUAAAAGCUCUUGCUGUUACUUCAUUCGCAUAUGCAUUGUGCCAAGCUCCUGUGGAUGCAGGUUCUGUUUCCUGGCUGCAGCAGGGAGAGCACUAGGCCACCAUCACGGCUUGCCUCCCAGCCUCCUCCGCCUGGGUCUCAAAGUCUGAGGCUCCAGAGACCUAACAACAUUAAAUUCAUCAACUUAGUAUUGUUUUGGUUUGAAUGUUUGAAUACAGGCUGCUGGGAGCGAGUCACCAGAGGCAAAGCGAUGAUGCCUGACCUGCCUUUUGCCUAAUAUUGAGGCUGAACUUGAGAGACGCACAAACACAAGGCAGGGUCUGCUAGUAACUUCACCCUCCUUGAGUCUCCUGUUUGAUUUCUGGGCAGUGUGCAAAGGAACCAGAAAACUCCAUUUCGCCACAGAGAUCUGGAGGAUAAUAAAGUCUGAGAUAAUUAAGGGAAAAGAUGCCCAAGAGUUGCACUUCCCAGAUCAAAUCAGAGCCCUUUGCAAGACAGCGCAACUGACAUGUCAGCUAAUUAAAAUUUCAGCUGCAAACCCUGAGCAGCUAGAUCAGAUCAUAACUUAAUCGGAUUCACACCCCAAAGGAGCAGGUUCACAGUUUGGGGGUGCUUUGGAUCCAACUCUGUCACUUGAGUGGCUAGAAGUGCCUUCAGGGGUGGAGCUUGGUAAUAUGCUGUCCUUGCAAGGCCAUUUGGCGCCCUCCCUGCAGCCCUCAAGGGAGUCCUUCUCCCUUGGGGAAGGAGGUGCAAGGCUCUGGCAGGGUCCUAGAGCCCUCAUGCCUCCUCCUCAAAGCCAGGCAAGUGCUUACUGGGCACUCUUCUUGGCUGUGUGCACCGCUCUCACUGCCCUCAAUCUGCCUCUGGUGCCUUUUGCCAACUGCAGCUGGUUCAACAGCUACAGCCAUUCCUGGACUGGGAAAGCACAUUAGUUCAUGCGCUGUUCGCUCCCAAACUGGAUUACUCAAUGUGCAACUUCCCUCACACUUGAUCUGCAGUUCGUGCGGAGCAGCCCAAUUGCCAACAGGAGUGAGGCUUUGUCAACAUUUAACACAUGUGCUCAGAGGUCCGCACUGAUUUGCUACCAGGCCAGGUUCAAGGUGUUCCUAUUAGCAUAGGAAGCCCUUAACCACUUGGGACCAGUUGACUUGCGAGAUCGCCUUAUCCCACAUGGGCCCACUUAACUGCUCCGAUCGGUGGAAUUGGCAUGACUACACAGUGGCAUAGCAUCUGCUACCACUGCCUGGGGCAUAUGCACAUUGGGGCACACCCAGGCAGGGGUGGGCAUGGAGGGAGCCAGCGAUGGCUACACUAGCCUAGCCUAGCCCAGUCCUAGCUGUCAAAGCAGCUGCUUCAAAUCCGUUGGAAGGGUGCCCUCACACACACACCCUGGCAGCCCUGCACAGCUUUGCAAGGCUGGCAUCAGGCUGUCGGAUCCCAGCCCCAGGAAAUGGCACCGGGGGGGCACUUGCACACCGGAACCCAGCCUAGGAGAGGGGCAGCAAUGCUGCCGCAGCCUCUCCUCUGCUUCCACCCCCAGGUCAUGCCCUCUUCCUCCCUCCUUGGUGGGUGGGGGUGGGGUAACCGUGGUGCCCUCCCCCUUCCCGCCUAUUGAAAUCCAGCAGCUGCCUUCACUGUACCCUUUUAAACACCUGCUGAAAACAUCAUUGUUUAGACAAGUCUACCCAGAUGAUCUAAGGUCACUUUAAUCUGUUUUGGUAUUUUAACUUUUAUAUGUUUUAAAGUAGGGUUGUAAUUGUUCUUGAUUUUCUUGUUUUCUCCUUUUGCAAACCACUUUGAGGGGUUUUUUUGGGGGGGUUACAACCAAGUGGUGUACAGAUGUUAUGAAAUAAAUAAUAAGUAGAUAAGAAACUUCUUGCAAGAUCCGGGCUCUGUUUGAAGCCAAUGAAGAAGAAUAUCAUAGCGCCUGAAAUGUUAAGGGUAGUCAAAGGAGAUCAGAUUCCAUGAGGAGAUCCCUUCUGUUUUAUUUUUAGUUCAAAGUGACUGCAUCAGAGGGGAGUGGAUCAAUUUGGGGAAGCUAUGUUUGGGAGAGAGGGACACAGGUGGCACUGUGAGUUAAACCACAGAGCCUAGGACUUGCCGAUCAGAAGGUCAGCGAUUCGAAUCCCCGCGACGGGGUGAGCUCCCAUUGCUCGGUCCCUGCUCCUGCCCACCUAGCAGUUCGAAAGCACAUCAGAGGGCAAGUAGAUAAAUAGGUACUGCUCGGGCGGGAAGGUAAACGGCGUUUCCGUGCGCUGCUCUGGUUCGCCAGAAGCGGCUUAGUCAUGCCGGCCACAUGACCUGGAAGCUGUACGCCAGCUCCCUCGGCCAAUAAAGCGAGAUGAGCACUGCAACCCCAGAGUCGGUCACGACUGGACCUAAUGGUCAGGGGUCCCUUUACCUUUACCUUUUCUAUGUUUGGGAGAGGGAGCGCUUAACGCUCUCCCUGCCUAUCUGAAUGCCUCUCUGCUUUCUCUGCCCAUCUGAAUGACACAGCUCACCCACCACUGCCCUCCCAGGAGAAAACGCACAAGUACCACUGGUCUUCUCCCACAGAGCAAAUAGCUUUUUAAUUUUUAUCGGGCUUUUUAAUCCUCUGCUGUUUGUUUUUUUGCUGCUUUGUAUUUGUUUUAUGUCUACUGGCUGCUUUUAUGCCACUCUUUUGACUUGUGUUGCUUUAAUAUUUUGCUUUAAUUUGCUUUUAUUGUAAUUUUAGAUGCUCCAUAAGCUGCCCUGGAAGCUCCCUGUGGGGUAGGGUAUAAAUCUCUAAAAACAAGGAAGCGCAGAGAAAGGAGGAGAAGGAAGAGGGCAGGCCUCUCCUCUGGCGGCACCACUUUCCCAGUCGCACCCAAAGGGGCUUCCAGAACAGCUGUCAACUUUUAUUUUUUAAAGUGUGCAUAGAUCUUCCUGUGUCCUAAAAGGAUGCUGUAAAGACUUUGAAUUUUGAUUGCUAUGCACCUUUAUGAAAAUAAGUGUAAAUAUUAAUAUCGUCAGGCAGGCUUGGGCUUCAGUUUCAUCAUGGUUCAAGCAGCAGUGGCUACUUCAGGAAAAAGCAGGCCCAAUUUCCCACAGGAUUUUCAAACACUCAUAGGUACAAAAACCCUUGAGGCAAACAGCUUGAAAGGGCUUUUAGAAGCAUUGUCAAAAGGGGCUAUCCAUUAUCAUCAUCAUUGCCUCUAAUAGGGAGCUUAGCUCACUGAGUGCCUACUGUUUUUGAGGGGAGAUGAGGCCAGACACAAAAAGGCAGAGGUUUUUCUACAUUAUCAGGGGACUCCCUAGGUACACAGUUGUAUCCAAGCAUGAUAUUCAACUACGAUUUACUCCGAGUAGACCCACUGUAAUAUGCAUGACUAAGUUAGCUACCAUACAUUAAUUUAAAUGGCUCUGCUCUGUGUAAAACAUAGUCGAAUGCCAGACCCUUUAAAUUACUGUUUAUUCAUUUAUUUUUAAUCUCAAAUACAGUAGUCUCGUAAGGAUCUUCAUGCUUCCAGGACUUACAGACUGUUGGGGGUGGUUGAGCCAAAAAGAUAGGGAAAUCUUAAAAAACUAAACUCCCCACGUGGUACAGCAGCAUAUUCUUGCAUUGCAGAGAGUUUGGACCAGGUGGUCUUCAGGGCACUGGCGGAGGAAGGGGGUGCGCUAGGUGCGGUCUGCCCCGGGUGUCAUCCCUGAGGGGGGUGGGUGACAUCGCCGCAGCGCCCCCUGGGAAGCUCGCUGUGAGCAGCUAGCCCCGUCCCCCCGGGCAGCUAGCUCCGCCCCCACGGGUGACUAGCUCCACCCCCAGGUGUGCAGCGUGUGCGCCGUCCCGGGUGCCAGAGCAGCUAGUUCCGCCUCUGCCUCAGGGUCCCUUGCAACUCUACAGUUCUAUGAUCCUAUGAUUCCAUUGCCUGGAAAUGGAAUUUUGAAGUGCCUUUGCUGUAGCUUUGCUUGGGAGAGUCAUGAGGGAAAAACCCACUCCAGCCUCAUCACAGUUUUGUUAAAAUCCUGGAUUACUCUAUGUUCACUUCUGCCUGUGGGGGGGGGGGGAGAGAAAGGGAGAGAGAGAGAGAGAGAGAGAGAGAGAGAGAGAGAGAGAGAGAGAGAGAGAGAGAGACUUAAUCUGCAAUCCUAUACACAUCUUCCCAGGAGUAAGCCUCAUUUAGCUCAAUUGGAUUUACAUCUCAGAAGACCUGUAUAGGAUUGCACCCAAAAUCUGAACCCUCUAGCUCUACAUAGCAUGGUAGAGGCCUCUUCUGAAAUCCUCUCCUCCUGAGAUGAUGCCUGAGCAGCACUGCAAGGCUCCUCUUACAGGACAGGGAUAUGCUGCAACAUUUUGUUGAUCUCCCACUAAUUCCCUUAAUUCUGAAUUUGAGCAGCCCUGGUACUAUCUGUGUGAAAUGGGGAGCACAAAAAUAAGGUAGUGGCUUAUACACAUGCCAGGCACUCAUGGUCCCUGGUCUGGAACAAGUAUCAUAGUUUUAAAAACAAUUCACACACACACACACACACACACACACACACACACACCAGUCCAAUAAGGACCUGUGAGCUUUCAAGACCUAGGAGAUAAUGGGUAAUUGAAACAAGGAAUCUUAAGAGUGAAAGUUGAGGCGGAGAAAGAAGAAACUGAUGUAACAGUAACAGUAAUACCUUGGAGAUGGGGGUUGUGUGUGAAGCUCAUGCCAUAAACUUCUCAUCCCUGUUUUCCCUCUAGGGUGCUUGCACACGGCGGCUUAUUGGGAACUUGGUGCUGCUUAUAUAUGCAAGUUUUGCCCAACACGCACACAUCAUUCUCAUCAAAAUGCCACCCCCUUGUAUAAUAAUUUCUCAUUUCAUCCGGAUUUACAGUUUCUGUGGAAAAUCCAAUAAGUAGUAAAGUACCUACAGAAACAGUAAAUCCAGAUUAAAAUGUGGGGUGGGGAGAAUAUGGGGUGGCAUUUUGAUGAGGAUGACAUUGUAUGGAUGCUGUGAAAAAAACUGGAUGUGUGAGCGGCACUGAGACUAAAACAACCUGCCACGUGGAAGCAUCCUCCAUACCAUUUCGAAAGUCAGCCUCCUGCCCUGUUUGGUCUUAGGCUUAUAAAUAAAGAUGAGAAGGGGUAGCCAUUCCUUUCCUUCAUUUACAGACACCUAUGGUGCUCACCAAAAGCCACAGGGAACAGUUCUUCAUGGCAUUUUCAGUGGGGUAGAAGGCCAAGGGAGAAGCGGCAGUGGAGACCCAGGGGUCAAACCUGAAUUGGAUUUUGGCAUUCGUUCCACCUUUACCUGCAGACGUGUGACAGCCCUUGACACACACACACCCCCCAUAUAUCACCAAUCCUAUUUUUUCCGAAGGCUGGUGAUGCCUUUUUAAAAUAAUAAUAAUAAUAAUAAUAAUAAUAAUAAUAAUAAUAUUAUUGGUGUGCUCUGUGCACUAACUUACCUUUUACACACACAUAUUUAAACAACCUGAUCGUAACAUAACCAAAAUUUCCAUUGUGAAAUUAGAGAUUCUACUAAAAAAUCUUUCGGGAAAAAGUAUUAAAAGAGAUGGCCCAGUGCAGACAUUCAGACUGAGAAACGAAUGCAGAGCAAGCUAUUUCACUUUAAGCAGGUAUCUCAGAAAGGUAAGAGCCUUCAGAAAUAUUUAACAGUACAGUCUCCAGCUGUGUUCCUGUGCAGUGAGAACAAGGCUGGGACAAGAACACAAGAACACUCUUUUCACCUGUGAAAUGUUGGGAUGUUUACGAACCCAUAUUGAAUCAUUUUGAAUAUGGUCAACAAACCUACCUUUCCUCUUAUUCCAAACUAUAUUUGACAUGUGCAUGUCACAUUCUGCAAAAAUACUGUUUUUUUUCUCUUUUAUCCAACAUAAAUUCAUUCUGUGUGUCUUACCUAUAAUUCAUUUUUCUAUUGAUUGCAUCUCUUCUGUAUUUAGGGUUGAUCCAAAAAGCCACAGCAGGGACGCUUUUCAUUACACCUUUCAGCUCCCACAACACAGGGGUUUGUUUUAGCCAUCUUUAAGCAGGGCCCCACAGACAGGGGCAAAACUGUUCACAUUGGUUAUCCUUAGCUGGCAGAGGUUCCUUAGUUUCCCAAGAUGGGAUAAGGAUUGCAAUUCUGAGCCCCGCCCCCAACCCUGGGAACAUUGUUCUAUUUAUUAGAUAAAUUUUUAAACCCUCACCCCUUUGAAAAGGUAGAAAAAAUGUGCACCACAAAAGAAUCAGUCUAAAUAAUAUUCAUUGUUGUGAGUUGCCUUUAGCAUAGUUAUUAUUCAGGGGAGAAAUGGUUAUAACCCAUUCCAAUUUCAAUAUUUGGAUGUCCAUCACACUCCUGGCGGCAACUAGAUGCCCCUGUUAAAAUAUUUCCCAAGAUCCUUGAGGCCUAGAAUAUUGCUGUUGCCAGGGCUUCUUUUCAGCCAGAAAUCAUGGGAAAUCAGUUCUGGCACCUCUCAAGUGGGCACCAUUGCCAUUAUAAGAGAACAAGGGAGGCGUUCAUGGUGAAUUCUGGCACCUCUUUUUCUAGAAAAAUAGCACUGGCUGCUGCAGCAUUUAAGGUGCCAGGAUAGGAGCAGGCAACAAACAUUACCUCAUAGAACACAAUGGAGCAUGCUCAUGAAAGCAUCUCCAGUACAACAGAUCUCCAGAACACCUGAUGUCCAUUCUAAGGACUUGGGCAUUCUGAGGAACUGCAUUUUCCAUCGUCCAUGUGAGAGCCCUUAAGAUAUUUGAAGAUGACUAUCAUAUCUCUUUUUCAGGUUAAACCACACCCAGCUCCCUCAACCGUUCCUCAUCUGACUUGGCUCCAGGUGUGGUCUGAGCAAGGCACAAUAGAGCGGUAGUGUUGCUUCCCUUGAUCUGGACACUAUACUUCUGUUGGUGUAGCCUAGAAUAGCAUUAGCGUUUUUUGCUGCUGCAUCACACUGUUGACUUGGGUUAAGCUUGUGGUCUAAGACCCCUAGAUCCUAUUCACAUGCAGUACUGCCAGUCCGGGUGUCCCCCAUCUCAUAUUUGUGCUGCAGACUACGCCUGCCUAAGAUAAAGCACACAAAGUGUGCUAAGUACUAUUAUUAAUGGCAAUGCUUUUCUCCACCCUUCCAGGGCAGCUAGAUUACAUCCCCCACUGCAGCGGCCAUGGCAACUUCAGCCUGGAAUCCUGUGGUUGUGUCUGCAAUGAAGGCUGGGCUGGGAAGAACUGCUCCGAGCCCCUCUGCCCCAUGGGCUGCUCAAGCCGGGGCGUGUGCGUUGAUGGGCAGUGCAUCUGCGACAGUGACUAUAGCGGAGAGGAUUGCUCAGAGGCCCGCUGCCCCACCGACUGCAGCUCCCGGGGGCUCUGUGUGGAUGGAGAAUGCAUCUGCGAAGAGGGCUUUGCUGGGGAAGACUGCAGUGAGCUCAGGUGCCCUGAGGACUGCUCAGGAAAGGGGAGAUGUGCCAACGGGACUUGCAUCUGCCAGGAGGGCUACGUGGGGGAAGACUGCGGGCAGCUGAGAUGCCUCAACGCCUGCAGCGGGCGCGGAUUCUGCCAGGAGGGCCUGUGCUCUUGUGAGGAAGGCUACCAGGGGAGAGACUGCUCAGCAGGUAGGAUGGCAUGUCAGUCAGGCAGGCUGCGUGAUGCCCUCUGUGCGAGGCACAGCCCAUGUUUCCUAGUAAUUGUUCCUGCUCAAUCAGUGCACAUAUUUCUCCUUUUUAUAGGUUUUGCAGAUUCCUUCUUUUGUUUUUGUUUUUUCAAAAAAAUGUUGCUGCUAUGCAGCUGUAGGCAUGCUAGUGUCCUGGCUUCCCUUUCCAUCACCCAUCCGAUGCAUUAUCAUAUAUUUACAUAAUAAUGUCGAAGCUAUUGUAACUAUUUCACAGGUACAACCAGAUCCAUUGUGAAAAGCUGACAUUCUAUUAAAUCGCCUUGACUUUGUUUAAAAAGGGAGAUGUCACCGUAGCGAGUUUCCCCACAUGCUAUGAUGAGAAAGGGAUGGCUGCUAUGAGAGAGCAGGGAAGGCUGUUGAGCACAGUUGGUAUGGCAGAAAGGGAAGAGGCUUCUUGUGGCAGAGGGGCUUCAGCAGCAAUCUUUGGGGUAAGAAGUCAGGUGUUGCCACGAGAACUCAAGACUGAAAUCUUGAGACAACAGCAGUGAAGGCUCGUCUAUUGGGCUUUGUAGGGCACUGCCCUACCAUGCUCAGUCUGCCCUGAACCAGCCCCCACAUGCCCACCUCCUUGCAGUAAGGCAGGCACUGCCAGGCUCCUCCUCGGUCUCAGUGUUGCCUUUCUAGAAUUCAGCAGGCAGCAGAAUGGGGACAAAACCAGUAAUAGUUGGCUCCACCUAUGUUUGGUUUAUUGACUCUGGCUCCACCUACUGUUGGCUGGCCGACCGUCCACCCAAUGUACACCAGCCUCCACUGGACAACACUGGUGUAUGGGGCUGUUCAAAUAAUUUGCUCAGGAGCCCUGACCUCAGAAACAGAUACUGGAAGGAAAGUCGUCAAAAGCUCCAUGACUGGGGUCAGCUGAGAUGCCAUUUUCCUAUUUUGCCAAAGGCAACUCCAGGAAGGACCAAGAAGUAAGAUUCCCAACUGUGAUCUGACUAGCUGCUUUUCUAUGUAACUGUUGGCAUCUGAAAGACCCAUUUGCACACCUUAGAAUGCUGUCUUGAGAAUUCUACAGAAGAUAAUUUACUGAGUUGCACCCCUGGCUUUUGCUAUGGUGAAUGUGCCUGAUCUACCGUGGUCAGGACUACAUCCUGGGCCUGCUUGGGAAUUCUUGCCAUUCUUUAGUCAAGUAACAAUGUGCCCUUGUCUUUACUGUUUUAAAAGUAUGUAUCUUGCCCUCUUAGAAGACAAAGUCCAGCAACUGGAGGAACGUGUAGCUACGCUCCAAAGAAUUAGAGAGCUGGAGCUCUUCUUGGAAGCAACAGAGCACACCGUCUCCACCAAGGAGGAGACAGGGGACUCCCCUGAGAAGGAGGCUAGUUCAUCAACACAGGAGCCAGAUAUAUGGAGAAACAUGACUCAAAGAAGUAGGAGGCCCAGGGUUCUCUCUGAUUGUUUAGAAAUACACAAUCGCUUUGAGGUCCUCUCCCCUAGCAUGGAAGACGAAGAGCAGACUCCAUUUGAUUUUUUUUUUUAAAGAUAUUUAUUAAGAUUUUCAAAAUGUUACAAAACAAAAAAAAAAAAAAGUACAAAAAUAAAAAUGGCUAAAAACAACUCAAUCUUUCUAUUACUUAUUUUUCAUUAGCUUAUUUCCCGGACCUCCUCACGCCUCCAUUUUUUGUAUUCCAGUUCAGUUUGUUGGUUCAGCAAAUCCUUACCCUCUUUGUUUAUCCUAAUCUUUAAUCUUAAAAUAUUGUAACGUUAAAUUUUUACCUAUUAAUAAUCCAUUUUUCAUAUUCCCUUAUAGUAUUACAGCUGAAAACCACUUAAUUUCUAUCCAACAUCAUUCUAACAUUCAUUAAUUUUACAAUAUUUCUGUAGAUAGUCCUUAAAUUUCUUCCAAUCUUCUUCCACCGACUCUUCUCCCUGGUCUCGGAUUCUGCCAGUCAUUUCCGCCAGUUCCAUAUAGUCCAUCACCUUCAUCUGCCAUUCUUCCAGAGUGGGUAGAUCUUGUGUCUUCCAAUACUUUGCAAUGAGUAUUCUUGCUGCUGUUGUGGCGUACAUAAAAAAAGUUCUGUCCUUCUUUGGCACCAGUUGACCGACUAUGCCCAGGAGAAAGGCCUCUGGUUUCUUCAAGAAGGUAUAUUUAAAUACCUUUUUCAAUUCAUUAUAUAUCAUCUCCCAGAAAGCCUUAAUCCUUGGGCACGUCCACCAAAGGUGAAAGAAUGUACCUUCAGUUUCUUUACAUUUCCAACAUUUGUUAUCGGGCAAAUGAUAGAUUUUUGCAAGCUUGACUGGGGUCAUGUACCACCUGUAUAUCAUUUUCAUAAUAUUCUCUCUUAAGGCAUUACAUGCUGUAAACUUCAUACCUGUGGUCCAUAACUGUUCCCAGUCAGCCAUCAUUAUGUUAUGUCCAACAUCUUGUGCCCACUUGAUCAUAGCAGAUUUCACCAUUUCAUCCUGAGUAUUCCAUUUCAACAGCAAGUUAUACAUCUGAGGAUCUCUCCCUCAUUACAGUCGAUCAGGUAUAUGAAGACGAGCAGCAAAGUCAGUCCUCAGGGAAUGUGCAGGCAACCUUGGAACGGACAGCUCACGGAAGAACUCUGACCAAACCUAAGAGGAGGCGUGUAGUGGUGAUAGGGGAUUCCCUACUGAGGGGAACAGAAGCAAUGAUCUGUGGGCCUGACAAGAUGUCUCGGGAAGUGUGCUGUCUCUCCGGGGCUAAGAUCCAAGAUGUAACUGAACGACUGCAAGGAAUCAUAAAACCCACUGACAAAUACCCCUUCCUCUUGGUUCAUGUGGGAACCAAUGACACUGCAAGCAAUAGCCUCCAGAAGAUCAAAAGAGACUAUGAGGCUCUGGGCAGGAAAUUGAAGCAAUUAAAUGCACAAAUUGUCAUCUCAUCUGUCCUCCCAGUUGAACGACGUGGCCCAGGGAGAGAGGGAAAAUAGUGGAAGUGAACAGCUGGCUUCGCAAAUGGUGUAAACAGGAACGGUUUGGAUUCUUAGAUCACGGACUGCAGUUUCUUGAAGAUGGACUUCUGGCAAGCGAUGGGCUGCACCUCACAACGGUUGGGAGGAAUGUUUUUGCCAAAAAUCUCAGAAACCUCAUCAGGAGGGCUUUAAACUGACUAAUGUGGGGAGGAGACAGUGCUCCUGAAGGUAGGAGUCUAUCAAUUGAUGAAGAUGAUCAUCCAAAUGUCAUAGACCAAAUGGAGCAAACAGCACACAGACCUAGUGGUGGGAGGAAAAAAUCCUUAAAUAAGAGACACGGGGAAUGAUUAAUGGACUUCAAUGUCUGUACACUAAUGCGCAAAGCAUGGGAAAUAAACAAGAUGAGCUUGAGCUCUUGGUACAGCAAACUAAAUAUGACAUAAUAGGCAUCACUGAAACCUGGUGGGAUAAGUCCCACGAUUGGAAUGUAAAUAAUGGGGGGAUACAAUCUAUUUCAGAGAAACAGACCAGACAAGAAAGGAGGAGGAGUGGUGUUAUAUGUCAGGGAUGUGUAUACCUGUGAAGAGAUCCAAGAUUUAGAACCUCAAAGCCAAAGUGAGAGCAUUUGGGUCAAAAUUAAGGGAGAGAAGAAUAACAGUGACCUCAUUGUGGCAGUUUACUAUAGAUCCCCAAGCCAAACGGAGGAUAUAGAUGAUGCCUUCCUGGAACAGAUGGCCAAGCAUGCAAAAGGAAGGGAGAUAGUAGUAAUGGGGGACUUCAGUUACCCGGAUAUUUGUUGGAUGUCAAACUCAGCCAAGAGCAUAAGGUCAAACAGAUUCCUCACUGGCCUUGCAGACAACUUCAUUGUCCAGAAAGUGGGAGAAGCAACAAGAGGAACAGCCAUUUUAGAUCUGGUCCUAACCAAUGUUGAUGACCUGGUUAGUGGGGUAGAAGUGGAAGGAUCAUUAGGCGCGAGUGAUCAUGCUCUUCUGAAGUUUACUAUACAGCGGAAAGGAGCAGCCAAGCAUACUAGGACUCAAUUUCUUGACUUUAAGAAAGCCGACUUCAUAAAACUUAGGGAAGUGCUGGGUGAGAUCCCAUGGACAGUAAUACUAAAAGGAAAGGGAGUUCAUGAUGGCUGGGAGUUUGUUAAGAGGGAGAUAGUAAAAGCACAACUUCAGGCAAUACCAGUGAGACGUAAACAUGGAAGGUGCCUAAAGAAGCCAGGGUGGCUAUCUAAAGAACUUUUAACUGAGUUAAGAUUAAAAAAGGAUGUGUACAAAAAAUGGAAAAGGGGGGAAACCACCCAAAGGGUGCUCAUCAAUGGUUCCUCUUCAUCCUGGAGAAGAGUGACUAGUGGGGUGCCACAGGGUUCUGUCUUGGGCCCGGUCUUAUUCAACAUCUUUAUCAACGACUUGGAUGAUGGACUCAAGGGCAUCCUGAUCAAAUUUGCAGAUGACACCAAAUUGGGAGGGGUGGCUAACACCCCAGAGGACAGGAUCACACUUCAAAACGACCUUGACAGAUUAGAGACCUGGGCCAAAACAAACAAGAUGAAUUUUAACAGGGAGAAAUGUAAAGUAUUGUACUUGGGGAAAAAGAAUGAGAGGCACAAAUACAAGAUGGGUGACACCUGGCUUGAGAGCAGUACAUGUGAAAAGGAUCUAGGAGUCUUGGUUGACCACAAACUUGACAUGAGCCAACAGUGUGACGCGGCAGCUAAAAAGCCAAUGCAAUUCUGGGCUGCAUCAAUAGGAGUAUAGCAUCUAGAUCAAGGGAAGUAAUAGUGCCACUGUAUUCUGCUCUGGUCAGACCUCACCUGGAGUACUGUGUCCAGUUCUGGGCACCACAGUUCAAGAAGGACACUGACAAACUGGAAUGUGUCCAGAGGAGGGCAACCAAAAUGGUCAAAGGCCUGGAAUGAUGCCUUAUGAGGAACGGCUAAGGGAGCUGGGCAUGUUUAGCCUGGAGAAGAGGAGGUUAAGGGGUGAUAUGAUAGCCAUGUUCAAAUAUAUAAAAGGAUGUCACAUAGAGGAGGGAGAAAGGUUGUUUUCUGCUGCUCCAGAGAAGCGGACACGGAGCAAUGGAUCCAAACUACAAGAAAGAAGAUUCCACCUAAACCUUAGGAAGAACCUCCUGACAGUAAGAGCUGUUCGACAGUGGAAUUUGCUGCCAAGGAGUGUGGUGGAGUCUCCUUCUUUGGAGGUCUUUAAGCAGAGGCUUGACAACCAUAUGUCAGGAGUGCUCUGAUGGUGUCUCCUGCUUGGCAGGGGGUUGGACUCGAUGGCCCUUGUGGUCUCUUCCAACUCUAUGAUUCUAUGAUUCUAUGAUUCUAUGAGCUACAGGAGCAUCAGGGCUGUUAUCGAAAGCAUUUUUCCACUUGUGUCCACUCAAGGAGGCUAUUUGAGCAAUAAGAUAAAAGCACCGCUUGGCAUUUCUCACUUAAAACAACAAGCUUGAAUCUGAUGAGGGGUGCUCAGCAGCACAGUGCUGUCUCCUAAUCCAAAGCGGUUUGAUGUCUCUGCUAAAUAAAUUCUCCACCCCUGAGGGAAUGCAGAAAAUGAAGGCGGUGGCCAGAAUCAAACACCCUUUCAAUCUCCAACAGCUUAUUUUCCAGGACUUUCUUCUAACUACUAUUGCCCACCCUUUUUGCAAACUCUUUGGGCUGAUUAAUUCCAUCCCAUGGAGUAGAACAAAGGCUGCUUCUCUUCCCUCCCCACUAGGUGUACUGUACACAUCUGCACGGGGAUGGCAUGUCCAAAGUCAGAUAGAGACAUAGGCUGGCACCAGACCCGCCUUGCCUCCUGCCCAUAGACAGCAUGAUCAGGGAGGACAAGCAAGCACCAGAUGGCGCACUAGAUUGGCCCAAAGGUAUGGUCCACACUGGUCCAGCAUUAAAACUUAAUUCCAGAUGGAGCUUUUCAAAGAAAUGAAACAAGAGUGUAAGAUCAAGAACAGGGUCACAGCAGAGGCUCGUCUUGUGUGCGGUCACACCCUCAAGAAGUAAGUCCCUCUUGUUCAAUGGAGUAUCAUGCCAGGUUAGUGUGCAUGAGAUUGCACACUGUCUGUCCUUUCUGAGUCCACGAUGAAGUCCACAGUUCUUGUGGAUCAUUUGUGGUGAACGAGUAACACUGAGCUGAUCCCUCCUCCGCAAAGGGUAAGAAGAAUAUCGGAAGUAAUGCCAUCAGCAAACACAGUGGCAUGGCCAAGGGUUUAGCAGCUAAUGUGAAAGGAGUAAUUUGCUCUUGCUAAUUAAAAAAGCCGUGGUGUUCCAAUGUUGACACUGACAUUUUGAUAUUUGCUCUCCUGCACACGUGAGGUAGAAUCAAGAAAGGCGCUUUCUCCUGCCUUAUUAUUUACAGCAGGCUGCACAUACAGAAUCUUUAAAUCCCAAAUGCCCUCUGCUUAUUAGAGCUAAUCCUUGUUGUGCCAAAGGUUUUCUGGUGGAAGAGAGAGCUCACGUGUUUUUGCAUUGCCCCCUUAAAUCCAUUAUUUUCAUUCAAAGUCUCAGAAAGGCCACAUCAUAGUUUGACCUUUUUCCUGCGCUUUUCGCUAGUACAUAAGCCUUCCCUACUCCCCUCUGCCCCCUUUUAGCAAUGCUGCCUUCACCUUCUCUUUGAGAUGCCCUGUUUAAGAUUGCAAACCUUUCUGGGCAGCCGUGGGGGUUGCAUAUACACUACACGUUCAAAGCACAUGCCUUCCCCUGCCCCCAAAGUGUAGUCUGUAAAAGAAAGUGUAGCCCUAUAAGGGAGGGAACUACAGUUCUCGGGAUUCUCUGGGAGGUAUUGUAUGCUUGAAAUGUGCUUUGAAUGCAUGGUGUAUACGUGGCCUGUGUCGUUUCUUGAUUUUGUAACCAAACAAACCCCUGUGUUGCAAAGAGAACGUCAGCAAUGUCUAGGCAACACGAUGACCAUAUACAUACGCAAUCGACAAUCUUUAUAGAAUUCCUUCAAACCAAAACAAGUACAAAAUGAAAUCUUUAGACUCAAAAUCUCUGAAAAUCUUUAAAUGAAGCGAGGUACCAGACUUUGUACGAUGAAAGACAAGCUGUGAAGCUUUGUAUAUUCAGCAAAUAUGAUGAUGUCCAACACUGAACAGUGAUUCCGGAUAUUGACUACUGUUUCGUAGAAUUCUUCAUCAGCGUGGUGGGAGGAUAUAGAAUUGCUUCAUAAACCGAAAAUAAAAUUUUAAAGAUGAUGACCUGCAUGCACAUAUCACUUUCCAAAAAUUAUAAACUGUAAUACAAACAGUAAUGAAAAAGAGUACAUACCCCAUCUUGUUUUGAAUGAAUGUAUGUAAAUGAAAAUAUCAAAUGCUGUGGAAUAGUGCUCAUGUAAUAAUGUAGUCACUGCUACUAACAAUAUUUUUUGAAAAACAUAUAAAGCCAACUCCAGGUGGUGCUAAUAACAAGGAGGUUGAGUUAAAGGUACAGUGCAAAGUAACAGUGCAAAUACCAGGAGAUUUCUGGAUUUUGGACACCUUCUGCCACAGCAGAAAAAGUGAGUAGGUGAAUAGGACAGUGACUUAUGGCUCUCCAUCCGUCUAAUCUAGUUUCAAAACACUGAAAUUUAAUGCACAGACCUCUACAGAGUGCUUUCCGACUCUCCCUCAGUUUAGACUCUGGCAUGCUCAAGGACUGGCCUCUUGUCAUGGUGGUGCUGUGCCCUGUUUGUAAAGUGGGGAAGGCACCAUCUCUGUGUAUGGAAGAACAUUACAGUCUUCUAAACCUUCACACAGGUUUCAUCCACACUUCCACUUCUCCUGCCGCUUUCCCCUGGGGAAACCCACUCUGUACCGUUGAAUCAGAGCAAACGUCAGUGGGGGUUUCUGUGGGCUGAUGUUUGCAUUGAUUCAGCAGGGAAGAGUGGGUUUUCAGGGGAAAGUAGCAGGGCAAACGGAAAACCACUCGGACAUUCUAGGCACAGGACAAGAGGACACUUCCCUAGUUAGGUAUUACAGAGCUAUAAUUACCUGUUGGAUUGAUGCUAAAAAUCACAAUCUGGUUAAAACGGGACAGUUGGAAGCUAUAUUUAUGUUGAUCAGCUAUUUAGGAUAAUGUUUUGGAUUUAUAUCUAUUUUUGCAAUCCUAACCAUGUCUACUCCUAAGCAAAUCCUAUUUAGUCCAAUGGGCUCCAUAGAGUUAGGAUUGCAGCCUUUGUCUCCUCACUAUCAAACAGCUGAUUUACAUAAAUGCACCUUAAGUGUUGAAACUAUGAACAUGCAACCCUCACUCCUGCUUCAGGAUGAGGGAUUGUGCACAGGGCAACGGCUGGUGCACCCAGUCCAUAAUUCAGUUCAGUUACUGGGGGGAGGGUUGUUUAACUGAAAAGAACCACCUCAGUUGCUGUGAUUGGGAACUGGAGAACAACAAGAGGAGAGGCUGUGCAAUACUCUCCCUCCUUGCUGCUUGACCCACCAAAUUCCUUCCCAGAUCUUUUCCCUAUGAGGAGAAAGGCAGCUGGGGGGUGAUUUUCAGAGGAGAAACAGCAGGAAGAGGAAGGGUAAAGCAACUCCUGCCACCUCAGUUAUUUGCUUCAAACUGGUAGUCUCCCAUACCUGUUCUUUUUUUUGGGGGGGGUACAUUUGCUGGAGAGGAAGGUGUGGUUGCAGCUGCUGGUUGAGGAGAUCUCAGUUUGUUACAUCAUGAUGCAUGAAAUGGUCCAUGCAACCCGAACUUAUACUUUACUUGGAAAUCAUUUGCGUUGAAUUCCAUAGGCACUUUGUAAAUGUGUUUCAGAUAACUGCCUUAGUUCACAGGCUGAGUGGGGAGCACAUUUCAAGGACACGUAGAUCCUUGCAGAGAUUUGUGGGUCACCUUACCUCUUACGGUCAAUAUAUUGGCUCUUCCUCCAGUUGCUCCACCUGAGAACCUGCGAGUGGCUGCGGUUGGCGACAGGUCCAUCGACCUGGAAUGGGAUGGGCCAAUGGCCGUGACUGAAUAUGUGAUCUCCUACCAGCCAGCAAUACCUGGGGGUCUGCAGCUCCAGCAGCGGGUGCCUGGGGACUGGAGCAGUGUCACUAUCAAGGAGCUGGAGCCAGGCUUGACAUACAACGUCACCAUCUAUGCCGUCAUCAGUGAUGUGCUCAGCGCCCCGGCUGGGGUCAAGGUGGCCACCCGUAAGUAUUGCAUGGUUUUUUGGCACCGAACAUGCAAUUUAAAAUGGAGAAGGAACUGCCUAAAUGUUGCCGCCUCUUCAUGGAGGGAGAUGUUCUCCUGAUUGAUUUAGAAGAGAGAAGAGCAAUCCUAAGAGCACUCUUGGGUGAGGAAGGGGAACCUGUGGCUCUCCAGAUGUUCUUGGACUCACAACUCCUAUCUGCCCCAGCUAGUAUGGUCAGGGGUCAUAGGAACUGCAGUCCAGCAACAUGUGCAGAGUCACUCUAUGCAGUUUUGCUCAGUGGGCUUCAAAGAUAAAUAAUAGGUUCUUGUGGUUCAGAUAGUAUGAUUUUGGAAGACUCCACUCAGGAUCAACCUAUCUAGGAAUGUAAAAAGAAAAAGGAAAGGAAAACAAAACAACUUACAAUCAGCAAAAAUUUCCUCUUAGAGUUUUACUUUCUCCUUGCAUUUUGCAUGGGGUGUUCCCCCUUCGUUCUCUUCACCCCACGGAUCUGGGUUCAGAAGUAAAGUCUGUGUGCGGUGGACAAGUUUUGUGAAAUCGCUCAAGUAUACCCAGCCUAGCAGAGAUUCCAGGAAGGUCGUGAGCUGCAUUGUUCCAACAAAGAAGAGCUUAUUGCUAGACAGUUGACAUCCUCAGAAAGAGGAGCUGAGAGGUACAAGCUGUAGGUUCAAGCAUGCAUAUUUAUACCAUACAGCACCAGUCAAAGUUUGUACCUCUCAAGCUUUUGUGUGCUCAUCCUGAUGCUGCAUUCAUCCUUAAAUGUCAUCUCUAAGAGCAGACACUCAUUCUAGUAGGAUUGGCAAAAUAAUUUUAAUCUUCAUUACAUUACAGUUUGUUUAGGCUGUUAGGUGUACUGAGAAAGGAAUUUUAAAAGUUGAUUAGAUCAGAGCCUGAUGGGAGCUGGAAGAAACCCCAUGGUCCUGUUAGGGGCUCUCAAUAUUCUUCCAUUUCAUAUUCCUCAGGCCUACCUGGAAUGCUAGGAAUUGAGACCUUCUGCCUGCAAUUCACAUGCUCUACCACUGAACCACACUUCCAUCAUAGCUGAUUUUCCCACUCAUCGUGGUUUUGAUCAUGGAAAGUAGAGAUUUGGGUUACAUGUUGACAAUUAAAACUGGGUUACGGUGCAGCUAACACAACCUCUCUCCCCCACCCUUUCUUCACCGCUAUGUUCCAGAGCUCUCCACUCCACAAGGGCUGCAGUUCAAAACAAUCACAGAGACCACCGUCGAGAUGCAAUGGGAGCCCUUCUCCUUCUUGUUUGAUGGCUGGGAGAUCAGCUUUAUCCCCAAGGUAAAUGUGACAUUUAGAGUGGUCCUUCUUCCAAGAGCAUAUUCUCACCAUCCAACUGGAGCCCAGGAGAGUCAGACUAUCGUGUUUCAGCUGGGUUACUUGAUUAUCAGAGGGGUUUUUUUGUGGGGAGGGAGCAAAAGGGCGCAGGAGGGAGGCUGAAUUGGUUGAUGUCAGUGUCCCUUCAGAUCCACCAGAGGACAGCAAGCAGCAGGAGGACACAGCAGUGUUAAAAGCUGGCUGCCAUCUGUUUGUGGCACAAUGUGGUCCAGAUGCCAUUGGCUUCAUAUAUGGUGGAGCUUUGGUGGGUUCCUGGUUUUCCUUUCCUGCCAGGGGCAAAUUACAUUGGUCAUCUCCAUCUCUAAGGGUCUAAUACUGUGAGAGCCAAUGUGGAGGCUGCAUUACUAGCACAAAUAGUGAGUGCCUGGAAUACUCUGCUUCCCCACUCAUAAUACAUUUCUAAAGGAAGGGUAUGUAGAUCUCAAUAGUUAGGACUGUUUGAUGCCAUUACAUUUCUUCCAUGAUAGUUGAAUAGGGAGUGAUCAGUUUUUAAGGCAAACAUGUUACAUCCCAGGAGAGGGGAAUCUUUUUGGCCCGAUGGGCCAGAUCUAAUCUCCCCCACCCCCACAGGCCACCUUUUGUCAAGUGAGUGGGUCCCCCACCUGUCGAUCAUCUGGUGUCCUAAUGAUGCCAAGUGUUUGGCAUGUGGAUUGUCCUGCACACCUGUCAAAGUUGGCCCAUGGGGAUGCGGGAUGGGGUUAUUGUUCAACCACAUCAGCUGAUAUACCUGGGGAAUUCAGUCCUGCUUUUUGCAGAGUUUGGGCACCCCAGGAAGUUCCUAGCAGGAACUCACCAGGGUACCUGAGCCUGUGUGUUCUCCUACUUGAAUUUCACUGCAAGUAGGAGAGUGCAAUGCUGGGUUGCUGCAGGAAAGAGCAUUCCUGUUCCUCCAUCCACAAGGCAGGACCCUACACAUGAGUAACACAUGAACAGGACCCUUAAGGGUGUGUUUAUUGAAAAGGAUCCUUAGAAAUGCAUGAUUUCUGUGCCUGUAUAAUGCAUUGUGGCAAGCCUUGUUUUGUUUGUUAAAGGUAAAGGUAAAGGUACCCCUGCCCGUACGGGCCAGUCGUGUCCGACUCUAGGGUUGUGCGCUCAUCUCACUUAAGAGGCCGGGAGCCAGCGCUGUCUGCAGACACUUCCGGGUCACGUGGCCAGCGUGACAAAGCUGCUCUGGCGAGCUGGCACCAGCACAGCACACGGAAACGCCAUUUACCUUCCCGCUAUAAAGCGGUACCUAUUUAUCUACUUGCACUUAGGGGUGCUUUCGAACUGCUAGGUGGGCAGAAGCUGGGACCGAAAGACGGGAGCUGACCCUGCCGCAGGGAUUUGAACCGCCGACCAUGCGAUCGGCAAGUCCUAGGCGCUGAGGUUUUACCCACAGCGCCACCCGCGUCCCUCACAUCCCUCGCGCCACCCGCGUCCCGCGUUUUGUUUGUUACAAGGUGUCAAAGUCCCAGUGUAUAUGCUCUCCAUACUGAUUGCUAUUUGCAAAAACAUUGAAGAAUCAGAGAUGCCUUGACAUGAGUAUGGCAUGAUAGGUAAUUUGACCCUGAAAAUUAAGAUUUCCUAUUUAACAAAGCGGGUAUCUAAAGAAAAAAUUAAUCGAAGGUUGGGAUAUGCUGGGGUUUAUUGGACUUCAGAACACAUGUGUAAACAAAGCAAUCUUCCCAUAUGAAGGGAAUCAUAUUAAAAUUUGAUUCGCUAAUACCACCAUUUCUUCCAAACUUCAAGCCAGCUUGUUUAAUCUCCCCAGGACAAUGAAGGGGGCGUGAUUGCACAGCUCCCUAGCAGCGUGACAACGUUUAAUCAGACGGGCCUGAAACCAGGUGAGGAGUACACAGUCAAUGUGGUUGCCCUCAAGGAACAAGCCCGGAGUCCGCCAGCCUCAGCCAGUGUCUCAACGUGUGAGUAGCCCACCCUGCAGUUCUGUGUGAGUUUGAGGGUUAACAGCAAUUUUUCUUCCAGGUAGGAUUGAAGAUUGUACUGAGGCUUAUAUGCAAUUACACCUAAAUGGAACCCACAUAUUCGGAGGCAGACUCCCUCUGAAUUCCUGGCACACACAACAGGAGAGUUUCUGCCUUCAUGUUGUUCUGCUGGUGGCAUUCCCAGAAGCUUCUCUGCCUGACCAUGGCUGAAAAGAGGAAGCUGGACUAGAGCUAAACUUUUGGUCUGAUCUCACAGGGCUCAUUUUGUGGGCAACAGAUGAAUGGGUAUUUAGUAUUCUAGCUCCUGUUUGUUUCUAGCUUUGAAGCUGCAGCAAAGAGGAUCUCAUUCGGCCGGCUCCUGGUAAUUGCAUCAAAUGGCUCCAUUCACCAAAAAACAUCUUUAAGGGGGAAGAAAGAAUGCAUAAACAGCUCUUGCAAAGUUCUCAGAGAGAGGGAUGUGCCAAGAUGGUUGAUAAUUAUAAAGCAAUUAAUGGACCUUGGAGUGAGGAGUAGGAAAUGUGUGCCAAGUAUCACGUUUGUACAAGCAGCCCUUUCGCUCAGACAAAAGAGAGUCUGCUGAACAAGAAUCAGCGGUUCUGAUGCAGAUCGUAGUCACCCUGUCAUUAUGUCAGCAGGAAUAUACAGACAUUCCUUCUCUUUCUUUCUUUUUUCCUUUACAGAUGUUGUCUGCUUUAGAAUGGCUUGCAGGAUGUGGUUUACAAGUGGCACCUACAGGCCAUCUGAAGCAACUGCCCCUUUUAAAGUGCUCUUUUGGUGUUUGUUCAUCUAUGGGUGCAUUUUGCAAAUGUUCCGAACAACACUUUGUUUAGUAAUUAAAACUUGGAGGCACACUUCAUGUUUAAACAUGAAAAUGCCUCCUGUUAGAUUUUGUGAAAAUUGCCCACCGUCAGACCUCAGCCACCCCCUGACUUUCUGCAUGAGUCACUUUUCUUGCCCUGCUUCCUGCCUGGAAGGAGUCAAGAAUUCAUUCAGAGAAGCUGUGGGCAUUAUCCUCUUCUUAUGGUGGGAAAUGCUUUGCCAAGAGUUAUUGAAUUAUCAAUGGAUGCCCAAAAAGCAGCAAAAUUACCUCCCCCUACUGGAGACUGAUUUGAAGGAGACACAGUCAGAACAGCAAAUCUUGCAGAGAAUAUAUCCACUUGAAUUCUAUGUGAAUUAUCCCCUUCUUCCUCUCCUCAAAUGUCCCAUUCUGGGUUUCCUCCCUAUACCUCACCUUUGGCCACCUUUCAUCAUCUGUUUUUCCUAGAAAUUUGACUUCUAUACAUGUCAGAUAUGAUACAUUUUAGAAUCCUCACAUUUACCUAAAAGUUCAUAGCAAUGGGGUGAUUGCUGUUUUCUUCCAGCCAAGGGUCUGUUAGACUGGGUUUCCACAUUCCCACAAUUUAAGAACAAACAUAAAUAAUUAUCCAAUAGACAUGCAAACUUAUUUGACUUUGCUCUCUUGCUCAGGUCAUUUGGAUAUGGCUACAGCUUUGCUCUUUCUGCUGCUCUGCUCCUCCAGCUUUUGUCUGGGUUACAUGGCAUAGGUGAAUCUGUAGGUGUGGUGUGGGAAAGAUGGUUUUGCCUCAGGCCAAACGAGACACCUUUGCCCUGAAAAUGUGCACGCUUUUAAAAAUGCAAAUGGCAGCUAGAAGCACUUGUCUUGCUCAAAUUUCCUUGACUUCCUUGCCUUGCAGAUCAUAUUAUUUGAAUAAAUUUCUUAAUGAACUGUCCAUGUGGAAAUUACAAAAUGGGAAAUUCAAGAUUUAGCUACAAGGGUAGUAGGUUGGCCUCUGCUAUGAUGGGCUAUCAUGAAAAUAAAAUAUACUGGGGUUCAAAUAUGCAUACAUAUUACCUUUUGAUCCCACUGACUUACAUAGGUGAAUAAACAGUUUCAGAUCAAACAUCACAAAGAGAACUUUCAAUAAUCUAACGUCAGACACAAUGUUUUUCAGUGGAGGCUGUUCAAACACUUGGUUGAGAUUUACCAAGCACUGAACAAUCAUCAAGAGAGGUGAAAUAUUGCAUGUGACUGAGUGAACUAAACCAAAUGUUGGCACAUCUGUCCCCUUCUAGUUCCUCUUCCUCCUUUUUAUUAGGAAUAUCAAUUUACAGUGCAAACCUCCUAUACUUGUUGAUUCCGUAGUCAGUCCCAUUGAGUUGAACAUAUGUGAUAAAACAAAUAAAUAACUUUCCACCACCAAACCAUGCUUUACGAGGCCAAUGUGCCUCUUGCAGAACACAGUUUAGGCUUUCACCAGCACAAAGGGAGAAAACUGAAACCUGUGGAAUAGAAACUGGAAUAAUAGUCCUCAAAUCCACAGGCAAGAAAUAAGUCUGAGAUUAGAUGCACAGCGAGAACAGCAGGGUAAUGAUGGUUUGGUACACAAGUGAUUAACAAGCAUUUGCCUCCUGUUUUAGCUUCAGCUUAGUUUUGUCUUACACAAGUGCAAACCAGCAAAUGCUUGGUGCGGCUUCAGUUUCCAACCCAAGUACCGUAGUCCUGCUGAUACGGACAAUUAACCCCAUCUCCCCUCAUGCCCAAUUUGAGCUGAUUUACUUUCCAUUCAUUGUUGGUUGUGGGUGAGGAGGUGGAAUUAAUUGCACACAUUCUUGCACAUGGGACAGAUGCAAAUGGCGGCUGGGUGUAGAAACUCCAGUUCAGGAUUAAAUGAUUCCUAGGAGAUCCUCAAGUGAUGGACAUGCCAUUGUAAACAACAGAGUAACUAGGUAGCAUCUGCAACUCUGACGCAUAUCUCCACGUAUAUAUUUUUUGUUCUUGUCCUUCCUAAAAGCAAUGCUACCUGCUUACAGUUUCCACGCAUAUCCAAGAGGAUGGAUGGAGAAGCAGAAAUCGCACACGUCCUUAGUAUAGAUUCUUAGGGCAAAAAUCCAUUAAAGUCUUUCUACUCUGUCUAUUCCUCUUGUAUAAUGUGUCUCUUUCUUCCAAUUUUUUUAAUGCACCAACUGUGUCUAGUAAUUGACGGACCAACCCAGAUAUUGGUGAGAGAUGUCUCAGACACAGUGGCGUUUGUUGAAUGGACUCCACCCCGGGCUAAAGUUGACUACAUUCUGCUGAAGUAUGGCCUAGAGAAUGGAGAAGGGGGAAAGACCACCUUCCGACUACAACCCCCCCUCAGCCAGUACUCCAUGCAGGCCCUGCGCCCUGGCUCACGGUACGAAGUCUCCAUCGCUGCCGUCCGUGGGACCAAUGAGAGCGAUGCCGCAGUCACCCUCUUCGUCACAGGUAUGCCCGAGACAAACAAGCGUUAGCCGAUUGCUACUCACCUGCAGCUAAAGAUGCAUUUGUAUGUUAUGUUCUCCACAACAUGAAGAUGCCCAACCUAUAGAAGAGUCUGUAGUUUAGUGGCAGAGGAUCAGAAGCUUGUGGUUUCAGCCUCCAGCAUCUGCACUUGAUGGGGCUCUGAUAUUAGCCGGUGGGGGGGGGUGCAUCUGUCUGAAAUCCUAGAGAGCUUCUGCCAAUGGGGCUAAAUGGACCUGUGGUACAAAGGAGAUUCAUACGUCCUGGCAAUGGCAGGCAUGAGGUGUUGCAUUACCAUACGCAUGCUUUCAUUCUGCCUCACCCUGUUUUCAAAGAAUCGCUCACUAGUCAUUACUCCAACAACAGCAUCAGUAAGAAAAUCUGUUUGUAAUGUAAAAGGUCAUCCAUGCUGGGGAGGCACUGUUCUUGAGGUGACGCAGGCAGGGCACACGCUGCUGGGCUAAUGAAGUUUUCCAUCCUCCUGCUUUAGGCAGCUUUAGAUUGGGGGUGGGAAGGUGAUACAGGCACUUGCAGAAUGUAAUGUGCAUCUGCUGUCACUAUGCAGGAAUACUUAGGAAAAAUUAAAUAAUUCAAAGCCUAUAGAGAGUAAACUGCUUUAAAUGACAGUUCUGUAAAAGAGGAGGAGCAAAGUAGAUGUUGGAACUGUUUUAUGGCUUAGAUAUUGCCCGUCAUAAAGAUGCAGUUAUCCGUAUGAAGAGGCCUUGCUGGCUGCACUUAAGAGUAAGGGGGAUGUGCACUUAAUUGAUUCGCUGAGUCUUUCAUUCUCUGAUUUUUGGGUCAUAAUCAAAAAGGCAAGUGAGGCAGCAAAACUGUGGUGUUAUAAGUCUGUCACUCCUGUUUCAACACUACACAGGGUGUUCACAAUCUGCCUUCAGUACCACCAGUUUGGCACCACACUUGUGGGAAUGUCCGGGAAGGAGACCUCAAAGAUGCACAAAAGGAAGUGUAACAACUGAAUCAGAAAAAAGCAUUAACUUGGAAGGCAUUGGACACAAACUCUGUGUUAGUCCCAUUACUUUGAAUGGGAAAUAAGUGCACCUUACAGUACAAUCUGUAGGGACGCGGGUGGCGCUGUGGGUGAAACCUCAGCGCCUAGGACUUGCCGAUCGUAUGGUCGGCGGUUCGAAUCCCCGCAGCGGGGUGAGCUCCCGUCGUUCGGUCCCAGCUCCUGCCCACCUAGCGGUUCGAAAGCACCCCUAAGUGCAAGUAGAUAAAUAGGUACUAGCGGGAAGGUAAACGGCGUUUCCGUGUGCUGCGCUCGUGCUGGCUCGCCAGAGCAGCUUCGUCAUGCUGGCCACGUGACCCGGAAGUGUCUUCGGACAGUGCUGGCUCCCGGCCUCUUAAGCACGCAACCCCAGAGUCGGUCACGACUGGCCCGUACGGGCAGGGGUGCCUUUACCUUUACCUUUACAGUACAAUCAUAUGCUUGUCUAUUUGGAAGUUCAGUCAGGUAAGUGAAUAUAAGAAUACAGUGGUACCUCAGGUUAAGUACUUAAUUUGUUCCGGAGGUCCGUUCUUAAUCUGAAACUGUUCUUAACCUGAAGCACCACUUUAGCUAAUGGGGCCUCCUGCUGCUGCUGUGCCGCCAGAGCACAAUUUCUGUUCUCAUCCUGAAGCAAAGUUCUUAACCUGAGGUACUAUUUCUGGGUUAGCAGAGUCUGUAACCUGAAGCGUAUGUAACCUGAAGCGUAUGUAACCCGAGGUACCACUGUAUAGCUUUGGUUUGGAUUAGUAAUGGAGGCAAGAGUUCAGUUCACAUUUAAAGACAAACCUACCUAAUUUGCACUUUGUGGAAUGUUACCAUUGCUCAAAAUUUGCAUCUCUUUGAAUUUUGUAGUGUACAAAAAUGCAGCUGUGCAGUUAAAGUGUGCAUGAAAUGCAUACAUUAGUGAACAUAACAUACAAAAAUCUAUUAUAGCAGGGGAAAUUGCUUUGCAAAAAUGUGUAUAUUAGGAGAAUGUCACAUUAAUAUGCUGCUGAGUUUUUGAAGGCCUUUUUAAAGGAAAAGAAAUUGCAAACUGGUGUUGACAUGAGGAAAACUGAAUUUAAAACUGCUAAAAUUAGAAGCUGGGAGAACCCAAGAUCUCCCAUUUCGAUUGCACAUUUUGAAUACCUCCUAGGAUCUCUGGCAGAGCAUUCUUCCAUACACGAGCUUUGGGGCUGACUUAAAAAAGAAGGGACCAAAUGGGUGACCAGAUGCCAAGGAAAAGCAGACUACCUGCACCUUUCCUUAUUGUAUACAUGACAAGUUACACCUGCUGAAAUCCAUACCUGUACACAACUAUGAAAUGUGCAGCAGCCCUCUCCUCAAUGGCACCUGGCCACGGAACGAAAGGGUGCACAGAAGAUAAAAGUUGUAUCCAGAUUAGGAUAGGCAAUUGACAUUUCCUCUCCCCUAACUCUCCCCCUCAAAAAAAAAAAAACACACCAACGCAUGCCCUCUACCUUCCCCACAUCAGCUCCAGAUGGUUGAGGGGGAUGGACACAGAACAGUCUUGCAGGGGAAGGAUGUGGGUGCACAACAGACAUUGUUCCACUCACACAAAACACUACGUAAUGCUAUUUUGAAUCUGCCAAGAUUCCAGUUAGUGACCUCCAGUUAGUUCUGCAGUGAAAAUGUAAACAAACUGAAAAAUCAGCGCAGCACUUGGAAUUCAAAAUAUGAACUCUCUGGAAGGCUGGAGCUUGCUUACAGAGUGCAUAUUUCCAUGUGAAAUCUUUUGUCGCCUCAAACCCACAAUUCAUGUCAUGAUUGGGAACAUAGUUUAGUGCUUGCACCUCUGUUUUAAAAGAUUCUUGGGUAACUAAGCUAGAAAAGAUGUCUGAGGAACCCAGAAGGCCAUUGCCAGUCCCAGUGGACUGAACUGAGCUGGAGGAAGCAAAGGGCUGACUCAACACCGGACAGCUUCAUUCCUAUUCCUCUGGUGCCUUUAGGGGAGUGGCUGUGGCCCUGGUAAGAUUAGCCCUGCAGGGUCCAUGAAAUAUUUCUUUGCCUGAGGCUGCAGAGAACGACUUCCAGGUACAGUAAACAGGCGUGGCCUGGAUUGAACUGCCUCAAUAUAAGACAACUUCAUAUGGAAGUUUAUUGAAAAAUAUUGCUGAGAGUGCUGAGAGUUUUGAAUCUGUUUCUUCAGAUGUGUUUCAACUUUAAAUCUGAUCACUUGGCUUUCCCUCAUUUGAUUUCCUUUCAAAGCCAUUAACCAUCCAAAUAGCUUAUUAGUGAAUAAGGCAGAUUUGCUAUCGUCUCAGACCUACACAUUAUAUUUAUAUUAUAAAGUAGAUGUCUCACUGAACAAUGUUCUCCAAAUUAUAAUUAGAUAAAGACCAUGAAGUGCUUUGCAUACUUUAAUGCAUUACAUGACUGAUAAGGGUUAUCAUUAGUAUUAGUUAAUGAGCAAGUUCCUUGGCUCUGUGCAAGAGUUAUUGGCUCGAAUUCUCAGAGUGGAUUUAUGCAGGAGAACAAGAUAGCAGGAAAUCAAAAUAAUUUCACUUGGAUUGUGUUGGAAAAAAACUCCUAGUUCUUGAGCAAGCUUUCUUAAAUAAACAGCAAGGUUACAUUUCUGAAAAUGUCUUUCUUAUGCGAAGGCUUACAGUUUAGGAGAGUACAAAGACUGUAGCUGUAGAAGCAAGAGUAAAGCAAGUCACUGACUAUUUCCUUUUCAAACGCAGAAAUUGAUGCUCCCAAGAACUUGCGUGUGCUCUCCCGGACAUAUGACAGCCUGGAACUUGAGUGGGACAACAGUGAGGCAGAGGUGGAGAAUUUCAAGGUCAUCUACAGCACUCUGGCUGGAGAGCAAUACCAUGAGCUUCUAGUGCCACGAAGUGCAAGUGCCACAACCAGGGCCACCCUCACAGGUAAGCUUCCUCAUCAAUGGUGUGGGUGGUUUUUAUUUUUCCUCGCAGAAUUUACAAGCAGGGAAAUGUUAUAGUUGAUUUUGAGUAUGUCUGCAUGAUUGUUUUUAAAAACACUAUUUUUCUAAAAUGUAAACAUUUUGUGAGUGUUGUAAUGAACAUGCAAAGUGAGGUUAAUUUUACUUUAGGUUUUUGUACAGUCAGUAGGUCAAACUGUUCUUUUAAUGGAUCCUGAGGCUGUCCUUAAAUGUCCAUUGGUGGCUUUUGAUGGUGAGUGGCUACUAAUGAUGGGACACACACACACCACCUGCUGUGGGCAGAGACUGAAGUGAAACAGUUUGGCAUUUUGGCAUUUGGCCGCCAAAGGAAGCAGAAGUCUGAAUUUUUGCAGCUGCCUGGCACAGAGUCGGCUGGGGAAAGGGGCCUCCAAGGACAUUCUGUUUUAAAGACUAGCACAGUGUCUCUUCAUGUCCACUCUCCCUUGCUCUGAAACGCCCUGCCUCUGAGACAUUAUAUCUCUCUAGGAAGCAAAGAGCAUGAAACAGUAUUGCGUUUCAAGUGAUGUGGUUGCAGGAAGGUGUUCUGUCCAUGGCAUUUGAUCUCUUCCAAACUUCCAAGUUGCUAUGAUGAUGCUAUAGCCACUGGGUGAUGAACUCACCUUUAGUGCUAUUCCACACAUUACAGUCUCUCUGGACAGAGAUUAGUCAUUUAAAUUCCCCUUGUCUCUGUACUUGGUCAAACUCCCUCCAAGUCCUUGCUCAGCGUUGCUCCCAAGGGCCUCUGAGUUACUCCACCUUUUCCAUGACUUUUCUACCAUAAUUCUCACCAGCGCAUUUAAACAAUCACACUAAGUAGAAAAGUUUUAAAUUUUGUGCAGUGUGCCACAAGCAGAAAAGAGAUGCACACGGCAGAAGGUGUUUACCCCAGGAAACAAUUGCGCUGUGUCUCAUCGCACAGAAGAAGAGUUUGGGAGGAAGGAGUCCCAGGCAAUCUGGCGGGAGGAGGCAUUUCCUCCUGACCCAAAUUUAGGGCAUGUCCACUCUUCCACUUGUCCCAUGUUUGGUUUUCCACUUGACUCAUGCUUUCUAGGUACAGGUCCAAGUGGUUUCCCCCUUGCCCCAAGGAAAAUUCACUCUUUAGCGAUAGAUCAUAGCAAAUGUCAAUCCAGGAAAAAACCAAAUUGCCAUUUGCUCCAACCGAGUGCUAAAGAGUCUUUUUUCCCGGGGAAAAGCAGUGGGACAAGAGGAAGUGUGGCUAAGCCCUUAGUUGGCAAAGGCAUCCACUAAAUAAUCCUGUUAAUUCUCAAAUGGGGCUGACAGAUUUCACCUACAAUCCUGUCACACUUCCUUAGGAAUAUAAGAACCAUUGAACUCAGGCCUCUUGGGUCUUUAGCAGUGUUGUGUGGGAACUCAGCUCUAGAAUGAACCCAACUCUUCCCAGCAGUUUUGUAGGUGGAGAUCAGUAGUGUGUUGGACAAACUGUCUUUCAAGGAAAUUUGUACGCCAUUAUUGAUCUUCUAAAUAAGGAGCCCCUGAUAAACUUCUGGAGGCUUGAACACCACUGCUUUGCUGAGGCACCUCUGCAAGAGAUGGGGAGAGGAAAGAUUCAGUGGUGCUUCCUGAGGGCACCACUUCCUUCUGCCCAAGCACAGCUCUGUGCAGAUGUCUCCAGCAUCAGAGAAGACGAAAAGCAAGGAGGAAACGUGGGGAAAUUUUCCAGGCUCUUCUUAAACUCUUCUGAAAGCUGCUCUUAGCAGAGAUUUCAUGGCUGGGCUGGGCUGCUACAAAGGAGCAUGAAACAGGUUUUCCUUAAUUCCAUCAGCAAGGACGUUCCGCCCUAGAGGGGGGAUUUAUCUUUGGUGUUUGUUUUGUCUGCCUCAUGAAAUGCAGCGGCCUGUCUCUGCUGCCUGUCUUCAUGCACAGAUACAGCCUUUUGGCCAGGUCCCCAACCUUCCUGAGAUGCCCUAUAUGAUAAGAUCGAGGGAAUACUUAUGAAGAGCUGCCUUCAGUACAUAUUCUGAGGGGCUUGGCAUCCAUUCAAACUAACAUCCAUGACAGAGGUUUCUCACUACAGCAGAAUCCUCUUAUAGCCAGCUUUUCUGUGAACUCACAAUACAGGUUUUUAUUUAUUUAUUUAGCAUUCAGUUUUCAGCCAGAUGCUUUUAGAAAGUAAAUAAGCAGAGUAUGAAGGCACUAGCUCUCCCCUGUUGUUUGUUCUGAGCAUCCACCAUUCAUCUGGAGAGAGAAAACGGUGUGUUUUUCCUCCAUUUGCAUUGUGUUUCCUUUGCACUGGAAUGGGGUAGGAUAAUAUCAUUACAGCAUAAUUCAUUACAUAAAAUUUCACCACAGCAGACAGCAAGACAAAAAAUGUAGUUUUUGUCAGAAGCCAAACUGCAACACAAAGGAAACAGUGCUACGUGCAAUGAAAUGCAACAUGAUAAUUUUCUUCCUAUAUCCCUAGGCUGAGUACUGUCAACAGUUUUUCAGCGAUUACUCCAAGAUACAAAAAGAAAAGAAAAAGAUAAAGCAAGCUGCUGGUGAAGCACUAAUCUGUUGGUGAUCUACUGGUGGGCUGGCCAGUGCCUGCUGAUGUCAGUGGGCCUUGAUCCAGUGGCGUAGCGUGGGGGGUGCAGGGGGGGCCGGCCGCACCGGGCGCAACAUCUGGGGGGGGCGCGCUCGCACUCGCAGCUCUCUGCCCCUACCUGGCUCACUCACUCUCUCUCACUGCAGUGCUGGCUGUGCGAAUCCGAUCCGAGCUGCUGGGUCGCCGCCCACUGUGGAGGGGGUGGGUGUCAGGCGUGCAGUGCGGAGAGAGAGCGAGGGACUAUCUGGGGGAGGGACAGUGCAGCGGCUGCCCAGCGCAGCGCUGAGCGCGGGGAGAACCACACCAGACCAGACCAGGCAGCAGCAAGAAGAAGCUGGCAGCGGCAGCAGGUUAGGGGUUAGGGGGCGCAAAUUACUUGCCUUGCCCUGGGUUAGGGGGUGCAAAUUACUUGCCUUGCCCCGGGUGCUGACAACCCACGCUACGCCGCUGCCUUGAUCUGAUCUAUCAGGGCUCUUAUUGGAGCCAAAAUACACAUUACAGGAGACUUGCACAACUAUUUUCUUUUUUAAAAAAAAUAAUUACUCCAGAGGGUGCCUUUUCCUCACACGCCAUAGUCCCAAUGCAAACUAUUUCUACUAGGGCUGGGCGAUACUUUGACAUUCUCUGAAACCAGUAUGGUGUUCACAUCACGGUACCAGUUUCAGACCUUUUGAGCUGCCAAUACAUUGCGGCUCCCCAGCUGCUGUGAUGUUAUCAUCAACUCAAAUUGCCUUCGCCCAGGCAGGCAGGCUGCGAUUUUCCUCUUGGGGUAGUUGUUUGCUCCAGGAGGAAAGAUGAAGCUCACCUGCUUGGGCAAAGGCAGGCGGGUGGCAACCGAGCACACAGAGCCCAAGAAGCAUGAUUUCAGGCUCUAUGCAAUUGUCUGCUUUUGACUUUGCCCAAGUCAGUGUGGUGUAGCGGUUGAGAGCGGUAGACUCGUAAUCUGGGGAACCGGGUUCACGUCUCCACUCUUCCACAUGCAGCUGCUGGGUGACCUUGGGCUAGUCACACUUCUCUGAAGUCUCUCAGCCUCAUUCACCUCACAGUGUUUGUUGUGGGGGAGGAAGGGAAAGGAGAAUGUUAGCCGCUUUGAGACUCCUUCAGGUAGUGAUAAAGCAGGAUAUCAAAUCCAAACUCCUCCUCUUCUUCUUCUUCUUCUUCUUCUUCUUCUUCUUCUUCUUCUUCUUCUUCCCCUUCUUCUUCUUCUUCUUCUUCCCCUUCUUCUUCUUCUUCUUCUUCUUCUUCUUCUUCUUCAUCUUUCCUCCUGGAGCAACUGACCACCCUGGCAGAAAAGAUGCAACCCACCUUCCCAGGCAAAGGCAGACAAGUGCCUUUGAGGGAGCCCUGAUGCCUCUCUGGGGGGCACUGGAGCCUCUCAGCUGGAGGGACACCUCCCACCCCCUCAUCUGAGCAAGCACAAGCCAGAGGGGCAUCAGGGCUCACUCAGCUGUGGGUGGGAGGCUCCCCCACCCCACUGAGUGGUUCAAGCAAGCUCCAAUGCUCCUCUGGCUCAUGUGAGCCAGAGAGGCAUUAGGACUUGCUCACAGUGUAGGGCUGGGCAAUGUAUCUCAGCUGCUUCCUCCUCUGCUGAGGUGAGGAAGAAGAAACAGCUGAGAUACCUUCCAGACAUUGUGAUAUAUCAGCAUAUCAUAGUGUUUAGCUACUGAUAUAUCACAGUGUUGAAAACCAACAACUUGAAGCAGCCAUUUUCCUUAAUAUGUCGAACAGGAGCUUCAGUGGAAGCAAUUAUCAAUGGGACCACAGUGAGGAGAAAAUCAUUAGCUCUCUUCCCCACAUACUGUGGUCCUGAUGGCUGCUGUCUGCCAUGUAAAAAGGAAAAAUCAUGAAACUCCAAACGAUGCAUUUUUUUAAUGUUUUGUGUAGUUUAACCCUUAAAUGCCAGAGCGAAGAAUGCCUGCUGAGCAUUACAUAACACAAGUUACUUAAGAGAUCCUGAAGAUGCCCUCUUUUUUAUUCAUAAUUUUCAAAUGCAUUGGUGGGCCCCAUGGAUUCUAGUAGAAACAAAGACCAUUGCACAAAACUGAAGUCAACCCAGCCCUGCACUAUGUUAGCCUUGGCACUCUCAAUUAUGGGUUUGUACAGAACAAGCCACUGAGUCGCCCCCACAGUGCUGUGAUCUUCAAAUGGGUGCAAAUGAGUGGAGCUCAAGGAGACAAGGCUGGGUAACAGGCUGGCCCCAGUGACAAGGAACUAUUUGUUUCCUGGUUUACAUUUUGUCUGGAUUCGUGGAGAGGAAUUGCGUGCCAUCUUACAUCUUUUGUACCUCUGAGAAAUUGCCAAUAUCCAUUCAGUGAAGAAAGAAAUAAACCCAAAGGGUGCCGACAAAGAGCCACUGGCAUCCGCUUUGAUCCAAUAAUGAUAAUAGAUGAUAGAUUGCCUGGAAAUUAACUAAAUUGCUGUCUCCCCUGAUGAGCCAGAAACCACAGGGCAGGCCUCCUGCCGGCAGCUGGAUACUUAUAUUUCCACAGCACGCAGGGAGAAGCUGGGCUCUUUCAUAAAUUAUUGAGUGUUUCAUUUAUGCCUCAUAAAUAAGAAACUCAAAUGAAAAUGUUAGAUGUCAAAUCAGUUUGGUAACAAAUAAAGCUAUCUUGGAUUCCCUCUCGUCUGAAAUUUAGCUUUACAGAAAGCAACUGAAGUAUGUCUCAUUAAUGGUCAAGAGGUGACUGUUCUUUGCUCUAAAAUUAAUUCUGCUUUCUCAGCCUAAAAUGGGGGGGGGGCUAUGCAACAAAUCAACAACUCCCUGUUUUUAAUUACCUGGACUGAGCAUGUGCUCAGAGGCACCUAGCUCCUUAAUUUUAAGUAUAUGGUUGCCUCCUGUGCCAGUAUGUUGCAUCGUACCUAGUUUGGUAGAUCUCAGGGUUCUAGCAGGCCAGUCUACCCACCUCUACUUGAAGCCACCUUCUUGUAGUAAGCGUACAAAGCGCUGUCAACCUUAUCUCAUGGCAAGGUGGAAGAGGGAUUCUUUCCAGCCAUGCCCCACAAACUCUUUCAUAGCAUCUGUGCCAGAAAAGAAGAGUCAUAUUGAAUCCAAUGGCCAAGGUGCUUACCACUUACAGUGGUACCUCGGGUUACAAACACCUUGGGUUACAAACACUUGGGUUGCAGACUCCGCGAACCCAGAAAUAGUACCUCGGGUUAAGAAUUUUGCUCCUGGAUGAGAACAGAAAUCGUGCUGCGGCGGCGCGGCAGGAGGCCCCAUUAGUUAAAGUGGUACCUCAGGUUAAGAACAGUUUCAGGUUAAGAACGGACCUCUGGAACGAAUUAAGUUCGUAACCAGAGGUACCACAGUACUUCCACAUCACAUAAUGCAUGAAGUGGCUAUUUUACUUUGCAGUGGAGAUGAAAGGAGGUUGCACAUCUACAUGUUUGCACUCUUACUCCUACUUUUGUCUUUGACAACAAACUAGAGUUAAGCAACUACAAAACAAAGUUUAUGUUUUCAAAGAUGGAGGCCUAGAUCAACUGAACAAUCCUCAGGAACAAAUUGAAAACUAACCUUUCCUGUUGGAAAUAUUUCUAGAUUUCUAAACUAAAUCGAAAGUAUUAUGGUAUUUGUUUCUGAGAUGACAUUCAAUUUCUUCUCUUCUCCCCCAAGUCUCGGGUCGUAUCAGACAAUAACACAAACUAAUGCCCCAUACUUUGUCCUUUUAUUAUCAGUGGUUUAGCAGCAAAUGUUAGCACAAUUAUUCAUUUAUGUUUUUAGUGGCUUACCCAGUUACCAUGGCAAAAUUACAGCAGUGAAGCCAAACUAGGGAAUGGGGGGGGGGGAUUCAAUAAUAGGCACUUUGUGAAGAAAAAACAUGAACUGAACGCAGCCAUCCUUCAAAAGCCAAAUUUCCUUGAAUUUUGCAAUGCAGUUUUCCAGCCGAGUACUGAGGACAAAAAUGCAUAUACUGGGGUAAAGUAUGUACAGAGAUGCAUAUAUUGAUAAAAAUAACAUACAAAAAUGUGUUGCAUUAGGGGGAAUUGCUUUGCAAAAAUGUGCACAUUAUGCAAAAUUGCAUGAAAACAUUUGCACUACAAUGCUGGUGAAACUUCAGGAGAACUUUUUUAAAAAAAUGCAAACUGAUAUGGAAAUGUGGAGAACUGAACUUAAGAUGGAGAAAAUGAGAAAGAAAAUUGCCAGAUUCACCCAUCCAUAAGUCAGACAAGAAGAAACCACAAUUCAUUGCUUAAUCUGUUCAUUCUUGUGUAUCCACAUGCAGAUUUGGUGCCAGGGACAGAAUAUGGAGUUGGGAUUUCAGCUGUAAUGGAUGGCAAGCAAAGUGUUCCAGCUACCAUGAAUGCAAGGACUGGUGAGUGACACACAGACUUGUUUUAAAUUAAAAAAAUCAUUACAGAGCAAAACUAGUGGGUUCUGCCCAUCUCUUGAAUCCUCAGCCAUACUUAGGGGCUCCAGAACAUGGUUAAGUGACCCUCAGUUAAUUCAUUCUGCAGUACUUUGCCAGUUGGAAUUCAUGCAGUAAUUUCACCAAGCAGAUUAUCAGGGUGUGGAGGAGGUCUAAAAGAAGGAGCUGAUUGUACUGAGACAUGUCACUCUGCCACACUCUGUGGUAACCUCCACAUCCCUGGCGGUCACCUUUUGUUCAAAUUUGGGAGGUCCUGCCUAGGAUUCAGGUGAAAUGCCUUUGCAAGCCUCAGUUGGUUACUUCUGCUCCAGGGAUCUGGUUGGCAAAUGAUUUCUAGCAGGAGUCCUAUUCUGAAUUGAGCAAUGAUUUGAAUGUUUGCAACACUGGCUGUGCAUGCAGAGUCACAAGCAAAGUGCUCCUUUACCCUUCCUCUCCCUGUCGGAAGCUCUGUCAAUGUUCUCUUCUUUUGCCCCACAUUUGUUUGUUCCUGUGAGAGAAUAGAGGCAAACAAGAAUUAGCAGCUGAAGCCAAAAUCUCUGUUCUUCUUCACACUGAUGAGGGGGCUCUUAUUAAGAACGCUUUUCCUUGUGUCUUGGAGUGAGCAGCCAAGGGACAUAAACCGGGGGGGGGGGGAGAAUAUGGUUCAAAAGAUUAUCCCAACAUUACGAGAGAGAGAGAGAGAGAGAGAGAGAGAGAGAGAGAGAGACUGUCAGUUUUUAUAGACACAUAAGCAAGCUGGCAUUUUGCACAAGGGGAAGUAUUUAUAGCCAGCAUUUCAAUGCAAAUGCAAACAGCUUUUGCCUUUAUGUGAUAUUUGUACAGCGAUUACAACUGCAAAUAUCAAAGGCAGCCUUAGAAUUUCUAGGGUAUUGAUUCAUAGAUCACAUUGCUCCAGCAACACUACCAAAAUCCAUUUCUUCAUCAUAAUAACUUUCAGUGACCACUCUGAUUGUGUGCUGGCACCGCUAAGGAUUCUGGAUCUGUAUUUUUAGGGUGGUGCUGUGGUCUAAACCACAGAGUCUAGGGCUUGCCGAUCAGAAGGUUGGCGGUUCAAAUCCCCACGAUGGGGUGAGCUCCCGUUGCUCGGUCCCUGCUCCUGCCUACCUAGCAGUUCAAAAGCACGUCAAAGUGCAAGUAGAUAAAUAGGUAUCGCUGCAGCGGGAAGGUAAACGGCAUUUCCAUGCGCUGCUCUGGUUUCUCCAGAAGUGGCUUAGUCAUGCUGGCCACAUGACCCGGAAGCUGUACGCCGGCUCCCUCAGCCAGUAAAGCGAGAUGAGCACCGCAACCCCAGAGUCAUCUGCGACUGGACCUAAUGGUCAGGGGUCCCUUUACCUUUACCUUUACUUUCGUGAGCCCAGCUCAGUUCUAUACUGCAGUUCCACACCAUAGUCAAGGAAGAAGAAAGAUUGCUAAAGGAGACAAUAGAGUCUAGUUCACACCCCCCCACACCCCCAGAGAAGCCUCAUGCUUGCACAGGGCUAUGUGAUGAUCCUCUGAGGGAGGACCCACUGGCUUCAAGGCCAAUGAAGUUUUCAUCUGCUUACGUCAUUGCACAUAGAGAGGUUCAAACUAGCCAAGCCAUGUCAUCUCUAUCAAAUUCAACUGAAACUCAGUAGCACUGGCAAGGCAACGCCCCCCCCCCUUCGCCACUAUGAUUAGAUGCCUCUGGCCUGUCCUAGGCCCAGGAAGAAUUUUUGGGACACUGUUAAGAGACAAUGAAUUGUCAGUUAUUUAUUUCAUGGUUAUUCACUACUGGGGGACAGAAGUGCUAUUGGUGUGAAAAUAUUCUGAACCACCUUUGUUGCGGAGGAAGCCCUGUUGUAUUUGUGAAAGCCCUUGUCCUGCCUGCCCACAGACUGUCUCGCUAGAGUGGUGCAUGCUCUGGUUAUCUCCCACUUGGACUACUGAAAUGCUCUCUACAUGGGACUACCUUUGAAGGUGACUCGGAAACAACAACUAAUCCAAAAUGCAUUAGCUAAACUGGUGCUUGGGAGUGUAAAAAUCUAAACUCAGACCUGUGCAUUCCAAGCUGUUAAUAGGCUGCCUUUUUAAAUCUCCUCCUGCUGCAGAGCUCGACAGUCCUCACGACCUCAUAGUGACAGCUUCCACAGAGUCAUCCAUCUCUGUGUCCUGGACCAAAGCCAAGGGUCCCAUUGAUCACUACCGGGUCAUCUUCAUCCCCGCUUCAGGAAUGGCAUCUGAGGUUACUGUUGCCAAAGACAAGUCUGAGCUUACACUAUCAGACUUGGAACCUGGGACUGAAUACACAAUCUCUGUCAUUGCUGAAAGAGGCCGUCAGCAGAGCCUGGAGAGCACAGUGGAUGCCUUCACAGGUACUGAGAGUCACCUGAGGUUUUCUGAGGGUCUGUUACUACUGUCUGCUGGUUGACUACUGCUAGAUACACCAUUGACAAGCCCUUUCUUUUACCAAUUGCAGCCCCACUUAGCUGCUUUGAAGGUUGGGGAUGUGGUGCUCUGUGAGAGAGUGUCUAAGCCAUGGUGUUGGUGGGGAGAGAGGUUCAGCAUGUCUUCUUCUGCUAAUAGCAGGAGGGGGUUUGAGGUGGGGAGGAAAGCAAGGGAGGAAAGUGUUAAACUUCUCCCAGAGUGCCGGUUCCCUCAUUUUCAAAAUAACUGUGUGGCACCGCUAAUUAAUAAAAUAAAACAGAUGUCUCCUGGCACAUCUAGCUUGAGCCUAAUGUGAUGGGUAUAUCAUUUCCAAAAUGCUACGUGCAGAAGUAGCCCAGGUAACGGACGUGCAUGUUUGCAAGAGCCUUCGCACGCCCUCUUUCUGUUGCCCCAUUUUUCCUGUUCCCCCUUCCUCAGAUUUACACCCUACCUUGACCUCACCUUUUGGGGCAGCGGUCAAAUGCAGAACAUUUAAACUGCACCCAGUGAUUAAUUCCUAAAGGGGGGAAGCCUAAAACUCAAGACAGCUCAGAAAACGCAUUUCUAAAAUGGAUAAUCUUUACCCUCAUUACAGAAGACUGGGACUAUGUAUUUUAUUGAAUCAAUGGAGACUUGAGUACUUUUUUUCCUGCAUGGUCUAGAUCCACUGCAAUUUUUUUGCCCAUGAAAAGUGCUUCUGAGAGACUGGUUUCAUUCUGAAAAUAAAAGCUGGUCACAGAUGGAUUCUGCAAUACUCUGCAGUGUGUCCAUUUAAAAACAGAUGUACAGUGGUCCCAGCUAUUGGGCGGGGGGUAUCCACACCCGCCCAAUGGCAUUGUGGGUGGGCAUAUACCAAGAUUGCAACCAUUGCUUUCCUCUCCAUUCACCUGGGGUAUGUGCAGGGAGGGGAAGGCAUGGAUAACCUAAUCAAGGGGAGAGUUUUCAAAUGUGCAUCAUGUAGCCACACCCAUUCUUGUGAAUGACAGGAUAUAGAAUCAAUCUAGUUUGGAAGCAGCAUCUAUUCUGGAUUGAUAAGCACUAUGUUUUUCUGCUACAAAUGGCUUAGUGUGUAUACAGCCUUACCCUUUGGUCCUUUUGUACAUGCUCAGAUGUACUCAUCUUUUUCAUCAUUUUGCAUGUUUCCUGGCUAAAUAAGACCCAGGCUGCCAUUUCCUUCUGCAUUCUUGUUUUCAGGGUUCCGGCCAAUCACACAGCUUCACUUUUCUCAUGUGACUUCCUCCAGUGUGAACAUCACUUGGAGUGACCCCUCUCCUCCAGCAGAUAGGCUGAUACUGAACUACAGCCCCAAGGACAAAGAGGAAACCAAGCAAGUGAUACUAGACCCGACCAAGAGACAUGCUGCCUUGUUUGGCCUGCAGCCAUCCACAGAGUAUGUUGUGUCCUUGGUGGCUGUGCAUGGCCUUGUUAGCUCUGAGCCCAUCAUGGGCUCCAUCAAAACAGGUAACAGUAGCAGUGUUCUUUCCGUUGCAGUUUAAUGUCUAUGUCUUGUCCACUUCCGAGGAAGAUCCUUUGUGCUUGAAUGGGUUGCAAAAUUAAAAACAGAAAACAGAGUGGAGCCAACCAUCAAAGUCAGAGCUGAGUCUUAGAAUUCACAUUUAACUCAAGCCAAAAUGACACACGUCCCAACUAUCGCUAUGAAUCAGUGACAGUUCCAGUUUCCUUCAUCCUCUUCAUUGUAAAUCACUCUACCUACUGUAUUUUUCCCCCAUCUUGCCUUAGGCCAAGGUUUUGUGAAUGUGUCUUUAAAAAAAUGUUCAAAUGAUUGCUAGGGUUGCCAUUCAUAAGGUUUCAGCUUUCCUCCUCAACAAUCUCUGAGCAUCAGUGUGAAUACAGCCCAUCUUAAUGCACACACAUGAAUCUUAUGGUAGCAUGCCCACCAUUUUGAAUAUCCCUGUCUGGAAAAUGCAGCAUACAUGGUUAGUCCCCACCCUGCUCUCCUCUGUUGGCCAAACGAGAAAUGGAAUGGGUAGGUCCUGGGUUUGGUGAGUUGCAAUGGGGCGUGGGGUGAAUAAAGGAAGCAGAGAAGAGACCCAGGGAAGCCGAGAACAGGGAAACAAAAAGGAUGGAGACGAUGGUUUGCCCCAGAAAAGGCAAACAGUGGGAGGUUUGCCUCAGAAAAAUGUUGGUUACAGUGGGUUGUACUAAGUUAAUUAAAUAAUUGGUUCCUGUAAGCCCAAAACACCAAACACACAGGAGGCCACCAGAGUAACCUCUGCACAGGUCACAGUUUGGGGCCAGGGUCUUCCUUCCGUUCAGGAGAUAUUCCCGGAAUAGUGACAUAUGCCGAAAUGCAAUGGUGUGGACUCAUCUGAGGGAAGUGAUUCUUACUCCAGUGAUUUCACAAGAGUCCUAGCGGGGCAGGAGGGUGGGAAGGAAUUAAUUUUAAUUCAGAAAAAUAGUGUGCCUCAGCUGUUAGAAGUGUAGGAAACACUGAGCUAGAGAGCAGGUGAGACCUGGGUCUAAAACUCACUGCCAGCUCUUGCCUGGCUGUGGCCAUGUCUGCUAACCUUGAAGAACUCAGCUCGGAAGAGGAUUACAGACCUCCAGUUCCGGCCCAGGCACAUCAAACACUCCUACUGCUUUUGCCACAAGUAGUGUCUUGCUUCAGUUGGGCCGCACAAGGGACAAAAAGGGCUCUUAGCUUCACCUCUCCCUCUUCCAAUGCAAGGAGAUGAUGCCUAUGCCCACAUAACUGUCAAACGCUACAGCAGAUCCCAAAUCUCCUUUCCCCCACCCUCCCCAUGCCUGCUAAUUUACCCUGGGUUGCUGUAACAGCAAUCUUCACAUUCAUCCUCCUGUAGUCUCAGAGCUGGGUUUUGAGACCACAACUGAUUCCAAAGGCAAUACAAAGGAAUUAUACAUGUAUGCUCAGUUAACCUCAAAAUCCACCCAGCAGUCAAGAAACCAGAUUUGCUCACUGCAUGUUCAUUCUGAAAUUCCCUUCAAAAAGCUGCACACAUUGUUCCAGCUGAAGUGUAUGUGGAAGAACCUGCAUCUGGGCUGUCCCACUUCAGAGAACAUAUGGGGUUCACACUACAGUAUCCCCCUCACACACACAGCAGCUGAGAGGUGUCGGCUCUUGAAUGGUGCAGGAAGACUGAUGUCUGUAGCAAUCUUGUACUUGGUAGAGUUGAAGGCAGAAGCAGGCAGCUGUGGCUGUAACGCCAAAGAAUCUUACGCUCCCACAACCAGAAUAUUAAGUGAUGGGGUACUGAAGAAGAUUUCAUGAAUUUGUUGUGGGCUCUUUCGCUGUUUUUCUGGGUCUUGAUUAUUUGUUCAUUUAUUUACAUAAUUGAUAUCCUGCACCAGCAAUAAAAUUGAAGAAGCAAAAGAGUACAUCAUCAUCAUUAUUAUUAACAACACAGACAGCAAAUUAAAACAAACAAAAGCAGCAGCAACCUGUUUUUUUGUAAACCACUUAAGAGGUUUUAUUACAAUCAAAAGGUCUAUAAUUUUUAUUAAAUAAAUUAAAGUCACAUAGAAGAGGGAGAAAGGUUGUUUUCUGCUGCUCCAGAGAAGCGGACACGGAGCAAUGGAUCCAAACUACAAGAAAGAAGAUUCCACCUAAACAUUAGGAAGAACUUCCUGACAGUAAGAGCUGUUUGACAGUGGAAUUUGCUGCCAAGGAGUGUGGUGGAGUCUCCUUCUUUGGAGGUCUUUAAGCAGAGGCUUGACAACCAUAUGUCAGGAGUGCUCUGAUGGUGUUUCCUGCUUGGCAGGGGGUUGGACUCGAUGGCCCUUGUGGUCUCUUCCAACUCUAUGAUUCUAUGAUAAAUAAAGACAGUAAAAUAAAACUACUCUGCAUUAAAAUGCUUCUGUUUGCAGUUCCUAAAGUUGUGAGAAAACACAAACGUUUUCUGUCACCUAAAUGAUACUGAUGAUGUCUCCAGGCAGGCCUCCAUGGGGAGGGCAUUCGAAAGAGGAUGCAAGUGGUGAACCACUGUCUCUCUCAGAUGUCCCUUAGAUCCAUUGCUGAAUAUUUCUCCUAAUCAGCGUUCCCACGGGCAUCAAGAUCAACUCCUUAAAUGAGGAAUGAAAUGUAUAAUCGUGUUAACUACCUUGCCAAUUACUAUGACAAAUGAGCCAUUGCUAUAAGGCCUCUGCCAAUACACACACAAUUAUGCUUUGGUGCACAUGUUAAGGUCUUCUCCUUAGCAGUGACAGCUAAGGGAUUAGCUUUUUUUAAAAAAAAAAAGUUAGACUUUUAGAGAAAAAGCUAUAUCACUGUUGGAAAGUGACAGUGAUCAGUGGUACUCUGUCUGCCUUUUCCCACUCUCUUUUGAGACUUUGGUACAUCAAAAGGUGUCUUCUCCACCACCAUAACCUUACUAUCAAAUAUGGUCUUUUUUUGGCUAUAUAUUUCUGUGCUCAAUCAAACACCUACUAAGAUGACCUCUGGCCAAAACUAUAUAUCAUAUAAAACAUGGCUUUACUGACAAAAAUGGCAGCUCCCUGUCAAACUGUCACUCCCUCUUCACAACACCUAGUGCAACUUUCCCCAGGGCCCUGACAUCAUAAAAGUUUUUUUUUAAAAGCCACACCCUGUUUCAGAAGGUUGUGCAGGACAAGAUACAGUAGAAUAAAUUAAUUUUGCGAAAAGCGAGAAAAUAAUAUUUCUUUCAAGUGUAGUGUUAUGUUGAAAAAGCAAUUGUUAAGUGUGUGAAUUAGACAAUAAGUAACUGUGCUAUUAAGAAGAGUCGCCACAGUUAUCAGCAUGAGUUAUCAACAGAAGUGAUGCAUUUCCGGUUGGGAAUUGUGCAAUGUGCAAAUGUUUGCCAGCUUUUAUUCUUUACUUUGCUUCGUUAAGGGAUUGAUCCCCCAAGGAACCUGACCAUUGACAACGUGACUACAGAUUCUGUGACAGUCCACUGGGCUCCUCCUAUUGCAUCUUUUGACCACUAUAGGAUAGCCUACAAAUCUGCCCAAGGUAACACUCCCAGGAGUCUGUGGAAACAGCUCACCUGGGUGUUUUGGGGUGCCUGCUUUCUUACAGGGUCUUGUGUGUUCUGACCAAACCCUACCCUAGUUGGUUCAUUUGCCUCCUCCCAUCUUGUUUCAUCUGCUCCCAGUUAGGAGGUCCCUGAGAAGGCGUGUGUGAGGAGGGUGUAACCUUUGCCUGACCCCCUCCCACAACUACAGAACUCUCCCAUAAACCCAUUGCUCUCUGGAAAGCUUAGCAUGUGUGUGUUUCCUUUGAAGCUAACUGUACAAUCCUGUGUCCGUUUACUCAGAAGUAAGACCCUGUAUGUUUGAUAGGGCUGACCUCCAGGUAAGUGUGCAUACGGUUGCAGCCUGAAAAACUUCUUCAGCUGGGUUCCACAAGAUUAAAGAGUCCAGGCUUUCAGAAUUCAUCACUUCAAAGACAGAGAUAGGUCAUUAAAAUAAAAGAAGGCUAAAGGUUUUGGUGAGGAAACUUCAUUUGCAUUUGACAAGCACCUCAAACUAGUGACUUACAAACCAAAGGACUUUUGGUAAUUACUUUGAAAUACACAUUUUCUAGAAAUAAUACACUGUGCAUUUGAUACUAUUAGCCUGCGCUUUUUGGAUCCAAAAGGUGCUUUGUGCAUUGCAUGGUGUAAACAUGUAUCUGAGGAUCUGUGUACAGUAUGUGUUACUUCUACAUGUUUGCUGACACCUACAGUAUGUCUCCCUCAGCAAGGGGAGUGUUGUGGAAGCUCCUGUAUUUUUCAAGGAAAGCUGUGCAUUUGCAAAAGAGAAUGAACUGAGUGGGGUGUGGGGCUCCUUCCGCAAUUUAAAUAUUCUCAUCCUCAAAAACCAGAGUAGACAGUUUUCUAGAGCAAGGGAUUUAUUACUGCUGUGCCACACACUCAAGUCACAAGUCUGUUUGAGGUGUUGAAGGAAUGGAAUGCAAAGCAGAAAUAAAGGUGAGCGGCUUUCCCCACCCCCUUCAUUAGGUUGCCCAAAUAUUUUAGAACAGAAAAUUACAGGUUAUAAUAUUUCAAAGACCCCCUAAGGGUCUGUGUAUGUUAAACUCAGAAGCAGCACUUAUUGAUAUGCAAUUAGCUGCAAGUUUGUUAAUGGGGGUAAAGUUAUGCUUCCUCAAUUUUGCAAAGAGAAAAGAACUCCAUCUUUCGAAGAAUGGUUACAGAAAAUAUGGGAAAUUGCCUCAAUGAACAAAUUAACUUAUUGGAGACAAACUUUAAACAACCAACAAGACGACAUUAUUAUACAGAGAUGGGUCAUAAAUUACAGAGUCCCUUUCAACUCUGUAAUUUUAUGGUUCUGUGAUACUAAUAUAAUGCCAUGUGAUUAUUUUUCACCCAUAUGACGCUGUUCUCAGCUUUGAUAGAUGUAUAUAUUUUUCUAGUGUGUAUAUAUCUCACACAUUAAAUAUUAUUUACUAUCUUUAAUUUUCUUUACUAUAAGAUUCUUAAAUUAAUCACAUAGAAAUUUAGUACACUAUUUGCACCUUUUUUAAUGGCAAAGAUGAGUGUCUGCAUUAUUUGAACCUACAUAUGCAGAAACCCUGAGGUGAUCUCUGAGCUAUAAAAAAAAAAAUAGCUAAACUAUUUAGAACAAUACAAUAUACCCAGAAUUAUUUAUUUUGCUAUGAACUGAUCCUUCCCCCCACCCCCAAAUGCCUUUAGCUGAUAGAAGAAGAGGCCAUGGUUGAACUAAUCUCUUUGGCUAUUCUCUCCUGCUUCCAGUUAAAUACUGUGUAGUUUCUUAUUGCUUGCAGUCUUGAGCCACACUCAGUUGCAGAUGAUUUAGCAACGCUGGUUUGGUGCAUGUCUUUCAACCUUUGGGUAGUGGCAUCAGGAUUCAGGGAGGGCACCCUGAAUGUGGGAGUGGGAGGUAUGCAGUCUGAGUGAGAGAGGUGGCCCUGUUGGGUCCUCUGCCAGUCCGGUUCACAGCUUUACUUCUCCAGAGCUGGCCCUGGCUAGGGCAGCUCUUCUGACCACACUUGGCACUGGACCAACUUUUGAUCAAGAUGUGCAUCUUUCCUCCAGAGUCUAAGGGCUCCAUGGAGUUCCAUUUGGCCACCUCUCAGAUAGCCAUGUGGACAAACAAAAGAGAGAAGCAGCCAGAGCAGGCUUCCUCAACUUCGGCCCUCCAGAUGUUUUUGGCCUACAACUCCCAUGAUCCCUAGCUAGCAGGACCAGUGGUCGGGGAUGAUGGGAAUUGUAGUCUCAAAACAUCUGGAGGGCCGAGGCUGGGGAAGCCUGAGCCAGAGGAUGUGCUCUUCUGGCGACUUCUGUGGCAAUCAAGGCUGGAAGGUCUGUGGGCUGACACCUGGCUGUUGUUAGCCUGUUUUUAGUGCACCUGGAUUUGCUAGUGGUAAUGGAUCCAUUUUCUCCAUCCGAACAGGACGAGUGGACAGCCUAGUUAUUGCCAAAGGUGUUACUGAAUACACGCUCAGCCACCUGCAGUCUGCCACGGAGUAUGAGAUCAGCUUGAAGAGUGUCCGAAGCAGAGAAGAAAGUGAGCCUCUCUCACACACCCUGUAUACAGGUAUGGAAUGCCUUUUGGGGGUUACACAGAAGGGUCCAGAGUUUACUUGUGGAUGCAGGUGGCAUUAGGAUAAAGAAACAUCAAUGGCUGGUGGCAAGAGCUUCCUUCAGGAAUUUGGCACCUUCGGUACAUAUCUUUAGGCAGCAAGCGAAAACGUUGCUCUGUAACCAGGCCUUCGGCUGAUUAAACAACCUGUUUUCUAUUUUUAUGUUGUAAACCAUCCUGUGAUAUUUGGAUAAUAGGGCAUUAUAUAAAUGUAAUUAAUAAUGUUAGGUGGGCGCCAGGUAAAAUGGUGGCUGCCAAUGAACAACUGGGAGUGCACAGUAUUCACUUCUCAUACUUUCACAAGUAAUGCAUUAUCACAGAAAUGCUUGUUAAGCUCAAAACUGAAUCUGCUGAGAGAACUGUAAUAAUGGGGGCAACAGGUAGCAUGGACAUAGUCGGGGGGCAGGGGGGCAGGUGCCCCCUAGAUCAAUUAAAAAAAUAUAAAUACUUAACUAACUAACCAAUCACAUCGGUUCUGCCCUCCCUAAGUCCUGCCCCCCCCCAACAAAAAUCCUGGCUACACCCAUGGCAGGUAGUACACUAAACAGAGUCCAUUUUUUCUUAAUGCCCUUACCUUGCAAAUACCUUCUGCAAUUUUGGGUUGGUGGUGUAUCAUAAUGUGCCAUUCAUCUCAUGCCAUUGGUUUUGUGAGGAGGAGGCAGUUGAAAACAUCAUAUGCCAUUAUAUGCUUUGCUGUGUUAUCUCUGAAAUUGUACAGUGGUGCCCCGCAAGACGAAUGCCUCGCAAGACGAAAAGCUGGCUAGACGAAAGAGUUUUCCGUUUUUUGAGUCGUUUCCGCAAGACGAAUUUCCCUAUGGGCUUGCUUCGCAAGACGAAACGUCUUGCGAGUUUGUUUCCUUUUUCUUAAAGCCGCUAAGCCGCUAAGCCGUUAAUAGCCGCUAAGCCGCUAAUAGCCGUGCUUCGCAAGACGAAAAAACCGCAAGACGAAGAGACUCGCGGAACGGAUUAAUUUCGUCUUGCGAGGCACCACUGUACCUCUGCAAAGGCACUUCCAUUCCAAGAUACCAAAAGAUCACGACUACUGUUAGAUCAAUAGAAAGGGGACUUCCUACGGAGGAAUGAAAAUAAAGAAGAGCCAGCCUAGACGCAAUGGGGCAGACAUUUUCCUAUGUUUGCUUGCAUGCCUCGUUCACAUAUAAAGGGCAGAGGGAGUCCGUUUUUAACAUUUGAAUGGACGCGCCUCUUGCUUCUCCAUGGCUCCAAGCACCUUUCUCUCCAUCCCAGCUCACUCCCAGAACCAGAGCUGGGCCACAAGAAAUGUCAGUGAAGCGAAGGAGGGAUGGAGAGGCCAGAUGGGGAAGAUUCACCCCCUCUAACUCAUUAGCUACUUUUGGUGUCAAAUUCAGACCCCACUCCCCACUUUGUGUGUGAGUGGGACUGAUCUAUGAAAAAUAAACUGGCUGUCCCAUCACAUCUCAGUCAGGCCUCAACUUCAGGCUGCAGAGCCAUGACACGGUUUUCCUUUGGGCGCUUGCUUUGCUUCACAUGCAAUGACUUGUGGUUUGGAUACAGUGCUUGCUGCUGAAUCAUGAGCAUAUGGCUGCUAUGUAGUUCCUUCUAGUUGCCUUACAUUUUUGCUCCAUGGUUUUUGGACUUUAAGCUGCUUCCAGGUCCUUGUCAUGGCUGAUGCCUGAAGCAAAGAAACAACUUCUGUGUUGACUCCCUUACCUUGCCUUUUUGUUAUGCAGCCAUGGAUAAUCCAGAGAGCUUGACUGCCACGAACAUCACCCCAACGGAGACCCUGCUGAAGUGGGACCCGCCCAUGGCUGAAGUUGAGAAUUAUGUCAUUGUCCUCACACAUGACACAGGUAUGUCUGUGUCUGGUAUGCAGGACUGUGUGGGGCAUGGAGGGAGCACCCUGUGACAGGCUGGGAGAAUUCGAAAGAGGCAGGUAGAGGAGGUUGGUGUGAAGAAGCAGGGGACGGGUAUGUGUGUCUCAAACGGAGGGUCCUGGCAGCCAAUUUACUCUCUAGGGCACUGUGCUGGUGCUAGAGGAUGCGACCGUAGUUCAGCUGAUAACACAGGGGCCCAUGGGAUUUCAUCUGGGCCUUGAAAGUCAGACUCUGGCCUGGCUCCUCAGUCUUGAGUAUUGUCUGAGUGAAGGCAGCAGCGGAGCAAGUUGAUUGGGUGCCUGGCGUGGGGCCCAUGGGGGUGGGGCCAGCCACCCACGGGGGCACCAUGGGGCCUCCUGAAUCUGCCUGCCUCCUCCCACUCAGCUGCCCUACAGCUGGGGGGUAGGCAACGGGAGGAUUGUUUGGGCAGCGCGGAGCCUGCUGGCGCCCAAGCCACCAUAUCACUCCCAGGAGACACACAUGCCGUCGGGUGAGUGCCGCCCAGCAUUUUGUCACCCCCCUCAGUGGUGACACCCAGGGCAGACUGCCCCCACUGCACCCCCCUUGCUACACCCCUGAGUGAAGGUCAGUUGCACUUAGAGUGUCCCUGCCUGGUCCAACCACCUGGCCCAUGCUUUGCUUCCAGAACACCAGCCUUGACCAUCAAGGUGGUGAGGGAAUUCUUUGGAAUGAAGAACUUUGCAAGUCAUCACCACCCCUUCUCACAGUUCCUGGCACAAAAUGCAGUGGUCCAGGAAGACCAGAGUAGGGAUCACAAGACUUUUGGGACCAGCAGGAACUUUUGGGAUUUUGAGAAAACGUUGGUUUCAGUCACAAAAUGGCUGCUGUGGGAUAUGUAGCACAAGACAAAAUGGCUGCCAAUUCCAAAAGAGAUGUUUAACCUUGGAAUCCAAUGCACGUUCAGUGUAGGAGAGGGUGAGCCAGUGCAAAUGGGAACUAAUCUUGUGGAUCAUGCAUUUUUGAGGGGAUAUUUACUGAAAACUUUCACAAGCACUAUAGAAGGUAUUGACAGGCACACUUAGAUGCCAAGUUGGCACCUUCUAGACCAAAGUGUCCAGAGUUUUUGCUGUCCUUCUGCAACAUUCUCUACUUCCAGUGUAACAUUCCUCCUGUAGUAGGAUGGAUUCACACAAUCAAUUUUCCCCCACCAUGAAGUGAUGUUUCCUUUCACCUUGGCAUAGCUCCCAGUCCUGACAACCUAAUUGUUCUCCACAUUAAUCUCAGUCUUAUGAGUGGUCCAUCCACAAGUUCCAGCAAGUAUCCAAUAGUCCUGAUUUUUAAGACUUGACAUAUUUGCAUAGGCUAUGACCUGCCUGGAGGCUUAACCACUGGCAAGUUUGGAUUCUCCAGCAGGGGCAACUGCCAACUUAUUGUCACUAUCUGGACACCAAUUUUGUAAGUCCACUCUCAGGCUCCUCCUUGUCCCCAUGGCUAUCUGACCAUAAAGCCUAUUUUAUUUGAGUUGGAUCUCACACUAGAAGGCUGUCAUUUCAAAAGCCGCAUGUUCUGUACAAUCCAUCCCCUGAUUUCUUUUUUUUUUUAAUAAUUUUUAUUGAGAUUUAAGAUCACCCACCAACACCAGUAAAACAUCAAAUCUUAUUACAUAUAUCCUACUUUAUGCUCCGUAGAGCUGUUGACUUCCGUCCUUCCCUUCCAUCAGUUUUCCUAUUCUAUUCUAUAGUUCACAGUUUCUUUGAUUAGAUAUUACAACAUGACAUAAGAUUUACUUCAAUCCUGCCAAAGUUUUCAAAUUUGCACAGUUCUCACUUAUAUAGAUCAAAAAUUUACACCAUUCUUUUUGGUACUUUGUCUCCUCCUGAUUGCGAAUUCUGUGUGUCAAUUUAGCCAUCUCAGCGUAUUCAACCAGCUUUAUCUGCCAUUCUCCUAUUGUCGGCAUCUCCUGUUGCUUCCACUUUUGAGCUAUCAGAACUCUAGCUGCUGUUGUUGCGUACAAAUAUAAUCUUUGAUCAGUCUUCUUAAUAUCUUCUCCCACCAAACCUAGCAAGAAUUCUUCCGGCUUUUUGGGAAAGCUAUACUUAAACAUCUUUUUUAACUCGUUAUAAAUUGAUUCCCAGAACUCUUUUAAUUUAUUACAUGACCACCACAUAUGAAAGAAGUCGCCAUCCUUUUCCUUGCAUUUCCAGCAAGUUUUACUACUAGUUCUGUACAUUUUUGCCAAUUUGGUGGGAGUAAGAUACCAACGAUAGACCAUCUUCAUAACAUUCUCUUUUAAGGCAGAACAAGCGGUGAAUUUUAUACUCUCAUUCCAGAGUUUGGCCCAUACAUCAUAGUCUAUGUUGUGUCCUAGAUCAAUAGCCCAUUUUAUCAUAGCCUCUUUUAUAAGUUCGUCUUUUGUAUUCCAUUCUAAUAGGAGAUUAUACAUUUUUGAAAGUAUAUUAUUGUCACUAUCUGGACACCAAUUUUGUAAGUCCACUCUCAGGCUCCUCCUUGUCCCCAUGGCUAUCUGACCGUAAAGCCUAUUUUAUUUGAGUUGGAUCUCACACUAGAAGGCUGUCAUUUCAAAAGCCUCAUGUUCUGUACAAUCCAUCCCCUGAUUUCAGUUGCCGGAGAAACCAUUUUAGUGGACGGGACCAACCAGGAGUACCAACUCAUCAGUUUGCUGCCCAGUACGAGCUACGGCGUCACUAUGUAUGCCACGAAUGGGCCCGUCACCAGCAGAACCAUCUUCACCAACUUUACAACUCGUAAGUAUAGCCUAUUAAUUCUCACUGCCAGGAAAUAACAUUCAUAAACAAUUGACAGCUUGUUUUCCUGUGGGAUAUAGGAAACAAACUUCCAGAUGAAGGAUUUUUAUAUCCUUGAGUAUUCAAACUGUAGCUUGCAUAUCACAAAACCCUGCAACAAAAUUAUUGCCCUACUCUCAUUCAUUUGCCAACAGUUUUGGAUCCUCCUUCAAAUUUGACUGCAAGUGAAGUGACUCGCCGAAGUGCCCUGCUUUCGUGGUUGCCUCCUAUGGCUGAGAUUGAGAACUACAUCAUGACUUACCGGUCACCUGAUGGGAGCCGAAAGGUGGGUCCUUUCUUCCAAUAAGUCUCUCAUUGCCAGGGUGGAGCCAGAUGAUCUCCAGGUGUGCAGGGGGGGUUGUUUUUGCCUGAAGGUUGUGAUUUCAUUCCCAUCCACCACCACACUACCCCCCCCCAAAAAAACCCCUCAAUCCAUAUUUUGUUCUGUUUUUUGUUUUUUGUUUUUUGCAGUUUUCAUAGUCACUUCCCCUCCCUUUUGUCACUGCUUUGGAAGCCAUUUUUUCUCUGUUUCAGGUCCUUUGUUUGAUGUUACAGUAGCUCUGCUGUGUUACCAUUUCAGCACAGUAUUUGCAUAGCAUGCAAUAAAUACUCAUGGGAUAACAUUAAACUAAUGGAAAGAAAUAGCAUACAAGUAAAACUGGCCAGCAGUCUUCCCUAGCACGAGCCACAAUUUUCUCACAUAGUUACUCAAAGCAUCUCCCACCCCUGUUUGAGCCAUUGUAUAAUAAUCAGGCAAUAGGUGUUUUGCCAGCAACAGCACCUGAUCUCUGCCUGCAUGUAACAAGUGGGUUCUUGGAGGGGAGGGGCUACCCUUGUCCUUGCCUGCCAUUUCUAAUGCCAUGAUUUGUGGCCUUCACUCACACAAGGAGGACACAAAACAAGCAAUUGAGAAAGUCAUGAAACUUCAUGGGAUACCAUUUCUGCAGCUAAACGGCAAGGUGUGGAGAGGAAUAGAGUCAUCCUCUUAUCCAAAAUUGCAUCAGCUAUGGCACAUUUAAUGUCACCGUUGUAAGCGCUGCAUUUGAAAAGGCUUUGUGUGCACUAUCUGGAUGACAUAUUGCAUUUUGCCAUAAAUAAACGAAAUAAAGCAAAUUCGCAAGACAAGCUGGAAGAUGGACUGUGUGCUGCAAAUGGGGAACAAGAGUAGUUUUACCACACAAACCUCAUCAUGUGGAAAAUUCAUUGGGGCCCCACAACCCCAUAUCACUCCUGCAGGCCUCUCCUGUGUCCGAGAACAUCUUGUGGGAAUGAUUUGUGUGAUAUGUUCAGACAUAACUGAAGUGAUGGAAUUAACACCCCCCAUUAGCUGGGGGCAGAAGCCAACAUUGCAAGGGAAACAUGAGGCUCCCACUCCUGUGUUUCUCUUGCGACAUAAAUUUGGGGACAAGGGCACUUGCACAGGAGAAUGGCAGGACGGGAAGGGGGUGUUUAACCCUUGGUCUUCCUGCUAGACAUUCACAAGGGAAGCGCCUAAGCAGUAUUCCAAUUCUCACAAUUUACUUCCAGCCUCUUUCCAGAUGUGAAGGACUGCUUUCACACAACCUGACACCCCUCAGGUUUUAAGUUCAAGACCAGAAUACUGAUCCUCUAAAUGCCUCCAGGUUCCACUUCUGUAUUACAUACCUGAGCAGGGCAGGCCCACCCAUGAGGCAAAGUGAGGUGACCACCUAAGGCAGCAGGGUCCACAGGGGCAGCAGAUCCUGAUGUAGAUCUUUCUUUCCACCCCCUCCCCUUGUUCCUGAUAUAGUUCUUUCCUCACCCCUUCUUCUCUGGCAGGCAGGCGGGCACCAUUUUGGGUUCUGCCUCAGGUGCCAAAAUGUCUUGGGCCAGCCAUGUACGUAAGCCCCACAAAUCUCUCCUGCUCAUCUCUGAUUUUCCAUCUCUUUUCGUGACUGAGCACAGGAAUUGAUUGUGGAUGCAGAAGACACCUGGAUCCGCCUGGAAGGGCUUUCGGAAAACACAGAAUACACAGUGCGCCUGCAAGCAGCCCAGGAUGCUGUGAGGAGUGGAUUCACCUCUACCAUCUUCACUACAGGUGAGAGAGUUACACAGGGCUUUCUUUCUAGAAGAAAAUGUGCUGGAACUCACCACAGGAGUUCCAUUCCAGGCCCCUACAUGCAUACGUGAAAUCGUGUAUAAUGGGGAACACCCUGGAGAGCCCUAGUGGUUUAUGAGGAGAACCCACCCUAAAGCCCAAAGAGGAUCCCAUCAGGCUCCAGGGAGUGUCUCCUUGCCAGCCAGAGGCUUGUUGAGGUUGCUCAGCUGAGUCACAAUCACUUUUAACUGAGGUCCCAUCAGAAGAUUUAAAGACACAUUUCCUUGGCCUAUGCCAAAGCUGAUAUUGCUUAACAGAUAAACUUAGUACCUCCAGACUACCCCCCUCCAUACAUACACAGGCUGGUUUCUAUGUCUGACUUAAAUUUCAUAGCUGAAAUGAAUUACCCUCCCUCUUCCCCACACAAAAAAGGCAAAAGCAAAAAUGAGUAUGGAGUGGAGUACAAAGUUAAGAGUUCAAACCAGAGGUACAUGGUAAGUUGUCUUAUACUGAGUCAAACCCUGGCUCUAUCUAGCUCCUUAUUGUCUUCACUGACUGGCAACAGUUCUCUGGUUUCAGGCAGGAGUCUCUUCCAGCCCCACCUGGAGAUGUUGGGGAUGGAGCCAGGGACCUUCUGCAUGCAAGGUGGACCUAAUGCCCUUCUCUUUAACCGUCCCAAAGGGUUUUCCACAGAGCAGUUGUUUGGCUCCAAGUUUAAAUCUGACGGGGUGCAUGACAAGAUCGCAGGAGGGAGACUUCCUUUUUUAUCAUUUCAUUUAUUUUUAUUUAGGACAUCUGUUAGCCACUUAUCUGCCAUGGCUCACAGUUUGCAAACAAAGCAUAAAAGUACAAGAAUACAAAUGCAUUUUUAAAAGCAUACCAAAAAAAAACAAGUCAUGGGAGACAGAAAAACCCAGCAUAAAGUCACAAACGCAAAGGGCAAGGCCUGGGCAAAUAACAAAAGUGUUCACUGGGCACUGAAAAGAGGAUAGAGAUAGUGCCAGGUGGAUCUCUCUGUGAACCUCUCUGAGUGAGAUGUUACCAAUGAGUACAGGUGUGGCCAGGCUAGCUCUGUCUAUGAGGGAUCACGGCUCUUGCACUAGCUGGAGCCUCUACAGAUAGGGCUAGAUCUAACAGCACUUCAAACUGUAGACAUGAUCUUUCAAAGAAAGUUCAACCCUACCCAGAACUAAAUACCACCACCAAACAGAUCACGCACCAAAAGCUCCUCUGCCUUAAUAUGGACCAAGCUUCCGUUAACUGGCCUCCAUCCAGUCCAUGACCAGUUGCAGCCAGUUCCACAGCUUCACCUGAAUUUGAUUGAAAGGGUAGAAGUGGGAGUCUUCGUGUACUGAUGACACAUUAUUCCUAAUUUCCAGAUAACUUCUACAAGAAGCUUCUGAGUGAGGUUAAAUAGCACAAGGGGCAAAAUAAAACCUUGUGGCAAACCAUAGAACAGCUGCCAGGGGACAGUGGCAAUCUCCCAACACCACUUCUGGAGCCCAUGAUCAAUAUAGAAGCAGAAACAUCAUUUUUCUGGGCCCUCUGCUCCCACCACAGAUAGUUAGUACAGGGAGGAACCGUGGUCAGUGGUAUCCAGAGCUGCUCAAAGGUCCAGAAGGAUCACACUCCUCCUGUGUUUCCUCCAGUGUAAGUCUCUGUUUCUACCCAAAACUGGAUUGAAAUUGAACUAGACUAGGCAAAUUCAAGAGUAUCUGGAAUUGUCCAGCUGCCACUUGAGUACAUUGCCCCAAAGGAUCCUCUGAGUCCCCCAUGAAUUUCUUCUGGAAUUACUAUUCACGCGUCUCUUUAAAUGCCCCUGGGACCAGCAGGAAGCCAUUGGUUAACUACAGGACUGAACUAGGCAGUCUACUGCAGCUACUGUUACAAGGCAAGGUAGACAUUAAGGUGUUAGGUCAAAGUCCUCCAAACAUCCUGCAAACAGCUCCAGGCCUAAAUAACUGAAGUUCAAUACAUAACAGUGUUUUCCUGGGUCAGUGAAAAUGAACAGCUCUGUCUACAGGUUUGACUGCCUAACAUCUGUUUCUUUAUAAUAUAGCAAGUAUUUUUUUAAAAAAUCAGAUUACACAGCCUGAAUUUAGAUUAGUUUAUGCUACAAAUAGGUGCAUUUGGAAGAAGCAGGUGUCUACAGAAAUAAUAAUAUCUCACUGGAGAAUGCUCUUGCGUAGACUCAUGAAGAUUGUGAAACAGCACAAGAGGGCACCCAGAGUGGAACGGCUUGUUUAGAAAGGGGAUGCACAAAAGUGGUUGGAUGUUGAAUCCAAUUACAUCUGUACCUAAAUUGUUCAAAAGAAGCAGGAAGGAGCUGUCCACCCAUAUAGUUCUGAAAUCACUUGGUGUUUAUACCUAGUAGUCUAAAAGGGCUGCCUUUGAACUUUCUGCGGAUAUAUUCUUCAUUGAUGUGCAUGAAAAGGUUUUUGAAAAGGCUGCCGGUUAACAGCAACAGCUAUCAACAGCCAAAAACCCUGCUUGCCUCAUACAGCUAUAGAUCUGUGGCUGUUGCAUUAUUCUCCCUUCCACUUCAGUUAGUGUAAAGGAUUAGGGUGACUUAUGUUGCUAGGGAUGAAAGCCAAUGCAGAGCUUUUAGAUUGAUCUUGCUGACAGAUGAAAAGCAUAUCAGACCUCAUGGCGUAAUUCAGUGUAGUGUCGCUGGUUUUUACAUGGUUGGUAUAUUUUGAUAUAUGCUGAGGUGACCAACUUCUGUACUCUCCAAACAGUGUAUUUUCAUUACAAAGUCAGCAUAACGUAGCAGUAAGGGCUUCAGGGUUAUGAGACACAUGACAGAAAGCUGGUGUAAUAUAGUGGCUAAGUGACUGGGCUACAGGUCAGGAAAACCAGCUUGGUUUGAAUUUUAUCUCUGUCAUGAUGACUUUACCAGGUAGCUUUGAACAAGCUCUUGCGCCACCGCCAUUUGCCUCCCAAGCUAAAUCUGCAAAUCUGCAGAACAUAGCAAAUCCAGAGACAAACAAUGACGGGGGGGGCAAAUUUCCACAUGAAUACAGCGCAGGAGAAAGGUCUGGUGAAGGAACACCUCCCUGAAGAUCACAACCCCAGUUUAGUUUCCAACCCCAUCGUCAGCAGCUGAUCUUUCUAAAGCAAAAGAUGCAGGGAACCUCAAGUGCAGGAUUCAAACAUGCCCUCAGCAUAAUGUGCAGUUUGACCCUAGAAAGCUAAGAAUUGCAGCACCAGCCUCCUUCGAUUCUCAAAAGGCUUUCCAGGAGAACAAUAAAGUGUGAUUAACAAAAGAGAAAAUCCCCAGUUGUACACUGAAAGACUUGAACCUGCUCAGGUUGACUAGAGACAUAACAAGGUGCUUUCAUUCCCCCAGCCAUGCUAAUAGCUGUCCGUUGUGGCUCACAUGUACAUGAGAUUCUAGGAGAAUUGCGAGAUAAGUGGCACAAAGGAAACUUUAUUAUUAAUGUCACCCAGGUCUUCCAAGGUCUGUUUAGAGUUCAAAAGGUAUGAAUAUGAAUUGAAAUAAGUAAUCACUAUGGAGCACCAGGGGAUUCACAAGAGGCUUGGAUGUUAUGAAAUUGAAAGAAGUCCCCUGACAGAGCAACAGUUAAGGAGGAGGAAAUAGUUAAAGGAGGGCGGGAAGGGGGGAGAUUCUGUGAGCAAGGCUCCUUCCAGAGGAGUAACCACAGUUAGCCUUUCGUUGGCUGAGAGGGGAGUGGGUUGUUCUGGGGUUGGGGGGAGAGAAUUCUGUGAUAUAAGACUUCCUCUUGUCCUAGUGCUCCCCCCCCCUGGGGAAAAAUGCUCUUUAGUGCUCAGAGAAAAUGGCAGUUUGGGUUUUCUCCAGAUUGGCAUUUGUUCCAAUUUUGCACUAAAGAGUAGCAGGGCAAGGGGAAGUGUGGACCAAGUGGGGAGACCAGGGUUCGAAUCCCCCCUCACACAUAAAGCUCACUGGGUGACCUUGGACCAGUCACCAUCACUCCGCCUAACCUACCUCACAGGGUUGCUGUCAGGAUGAAAUGGGGAGGGAGAGAACCACAUAUACCACCUUGAGCUCCUUGGAAGACAAAGGUGGUAUCUAAAUGUAAUAAGUAAAUAUUUUUUUAAGCGCUCGGACUACAUUAGACACUUUUACUUAUAAAACAACAUCAUUGGCGCCAAGAAAAAUCAAAUCACCAUGGUAUAGUUAUAGAAAUUAAUCAAAUUUGAUUUCCCCACCCCAUUUCUCUUUUGGUAAUUUUAUAUAUAUUUCCUCAACUUCCACUAGCCAUGGGUUGGACAACGAGCUUGCAGAGCACUGAACCCCUGCCCUGGGGCCAAUGAAAAUCCUACUUUCAUUGAUUUCUGUCUGUAGGAGACCCAGAUUUUCCUGUAGGUUUUUGUAGUCUUGUCAAGGCCCUGGAGUCUCCUUGAAAUAAGCUGACCCUCUGCUUAGGGAGGCCUAUUUCCUCAUGGGGCUCGCCCAGCCUUCCUUUUGUGCCACACUCUUCAGGCACAGGUCCAUGUUUUAAAACUCCACGUCCCAAGUGCUUUCUCCAGGAAAACCUGUGUUUUACCACUGAAUUGAAUCAAACAGCAAUCCGCAGAAAACCUGAUUGUCGUUUGCUCUGAUUCAGCAGUAAAACAUGGUUUUUCCAGCGGAAAGUACUGGGACAAAAACAAACCUGCUUGGACACAGAGCUUUAAAGUCUGGAUCUAUGCCUAGAAAUUUGUCACAAAAGGAAGUCUGGUUGAACCCAUGCUUUAAGUAUAGAAGGUCCUAAGUUAAAAAGUUCUCAGGAAGACUCAUCCCUGAUACCUGUUGCCACCUGGAGUCCUAGACUAGAUUAAACCAAUACCCUCAACUUCCUCCAGUCUUCCAUCUUUUCUUUGUGCAAUAUCAGACACUCGAAGUGUCCCUUAGUGUCCCCGUUAUCAGCAAAACUGAUUUAAAUUUAAAAAUGGGCACAGUUUAUUCUCCAUACAGCAAGAGCAUUCACAGGAUCUGACCUCCCUGUCGUGGUCUUGGCUUAUCAUGAACAAAAGUGUUUGCCAAUGUGAUAGGCAAGCAGAGGUGUGAUAUCACUGCUGACGUGUUCACUGCACUAAUUUUACAGGAGGUCGUGUGUUUAUGAAUCCUCAAGAUUGUGCCCAACAUUUGAUGAAUGGUGACAUGAUGAACGGUGUUUACACCAUCUCUCUUAAUGGGGAUCUUGGCCAGAGAGUGCAAGUGUACUGUGAUAUGACCACGGAUGGAGGCGGAUGGAUUGUAAGUGAGCAAACAAACUUGUUAUGCAAGUCCUCUUCUUCUUCUUCAAUCAAAAAGUCAUAUUUAUGAGGGUUUAAUGGCUUCACAGAGUUAUGUGAUUCAUGAGUCCAAUAUUUGAGUCGGGUAUGUGUGGAAUGCCUUAUUAACAUUUUGUUAAACUGAGUGGCCGAAGUUAUAAUUCUUCAUGGUUGAUUACUUUCCUUAGUUUCUAGAAAUUAAGUCUCUCCAUGGGGAGGGGAAAGCGUAUGCAUCAAGCUCACGAUUGAGCGCAUGAGCACUAAGGCAAGAUGGAGCACAAUGUCUGCCACUUCACACACGGCAACUGCUGAGUUAUAUUUUGAACUUUUGACAACAUGUCGUAGGAUAAUGUUUUUCCUCCUCUUUUUAUCUCUUCGCUUUUAAACUGGCCUAGGACAGUCUAAGGCAGCUGACAGCUUUCUCUAUCUUUUUAAAAAGAGCCUUAAACCAAGAAAGUAAGUUGGAAUUUUAUUGUAGCAAAAUUCAGUUAGAAGGGCAGGGCUCUAAGGGACAACAGGUGCCAAGCUUUACCAACCCAGUGGUAGGAGACGUGAAAAUGUCACUGUGCCUGGGAAGUGUGAUGACCUUCGCUCCCUGAACCAGCACAUAGCCAAAGCAGGCAGUGUCCCUUCAGUGUUCCUUUCUGCACUUGAAAUCUGCCUACAUAUGGUGAACAUUGUCAUCCCCAUUCUUGCAAGAGCCAGACUACCAGGAUGCUAAGGAUCUUUUCAGUAGGGUGCUUCAGCCAAUCCUGGUUUCCUUGUGACUAGUAAGUACAUAUGAUGCAAUAUAUAUAUGAUGCAUAUAUUUGCAAAAACAAGUUUAUCCUCACUCACUGUUCACACUUAGUUCGAAAGCACGUCAAAAUGCAAGUACAUAAAUAGGUACCGCUCUGGUGGGAAGGUAAAUGGCAUUUCCGUGCACUGCUCUGGUUCACCAGAAGUGGCUUAGUCCUGCUGGCCACAUGACCCGGAAGCUGUCUGUGGACAAACGCCGGCUCCCUCAGCCUAUAGAGCGAGAUGAGCGCCCAACCCCAGAGUCAGUCACGACUGGACCUAACGGUCAGGGGUCCCUUUACCUUUAUAGUAUUUUAGAUAAAUGUAAUAUGUGAAGCAGUUCUAACAGUAUAAAUUUGGCCACUACAUCCCAUAUCUUAAGAGAGCAGAGGCAAUGGGCAGCCUGGAGGCACAGUCCCACAAUGAUGAAUGACAACUGUGCAGGAGGAGCCUCAACUUUGCUGGGUUCUGAGGUCUACCCUGUAGCUUGCUUGACAAGAUGGCGUCCAUUUUAGCUGUUGUGGAGGAUACAAUGCACAUCCUGUUAUUUAAAUUUAUGUGAAGAAGCCUCUCUCUCUUUCUCUCUCACACACAAUUUUUCUUUUUUGAGAAAAAGGAGGGAAGGAGUUAGAAUGGAUAAAUGGGGCCUAAAUGUUUUAUCCCUCUGCUGCUUCUCUGCUCCAAAUCCACACAGUUUUUCUCCCCAUAGAGUUCCACAUGUAUCUUUGUGAGGAUAAAACACAAUAAUCUGUGGAGGUAGCAGCCUGGAGUCCAGCAACAGUCAGGGAAAGGGUUAAUUAGCACCCAGUACGACUUUUAAAUUACCUCUCCCAAAGCAGCUUUUUCUCUUUGAAAAACCAAGAGGCCAGGGGUGGGGAACAGUGUUGCAUGCCUUUAAUUGUGUAGUUAGGCUUUGAAAAAAAAGAGAAGAGAAGAGAAGAGAAGAGAAGAGAAGAGAAGAGAAGAGAAGAGAAGAGAAGAGAAAAAGGCACUAGUCAAUAACUAGAACCAUCUCACCAGGGUACUCUAUUUUCCAUGCCUUAGGGACUAAGUUAAUAAUAGUUACACUCUGAGAGAUUCCUGGUGAUUUAUUUGACACAUGUAACUCCUUUGGAGAGUGAAGCUGGAGUUGAUUCAUGAUGCUAUCAAGGAAAUUAAUCGACGGUGUCUUUCAAAAUUUGCAUUUCACUGCUCAACAUAUGGCAGCUACGGGAAGCGCACAAUAGACCCAGGAUGGCCCCCGAAAGGCUAGCAGGCAGGAUUUCACCUCAGAAGCAACUUUUCCUGGUUCUUUGUGGUCCUACCAAAUGUUAAUCAAGGUGUGGUGCAAAGCCAGUUUUGCUCACAUUUUCACUUGUAAGGAUUUUACAUUUGCAUUUUAUAUAAAUAUUACGGUCUUGCCUUCCAAUGUGCCUCCUGGUAAUGCGGAGGACCAGCACAUAGGUACCUUUUCAGAGCAUCUUUCAGAAAGCGCUUUAUAUCUUUGUAUCCCCUGUUGACAGCCUUCCAUAGCUGUUAAGUGCUUACUGCUAAGAAGCACCCCAUUGAUUACAGAGUCACUUGCAUUGGCUUGUCCCUGCUCACAGGCUGGUAACCAGAGUGUAUAAUGACCCUUAAGAGUACAGAAGCCUCCUCUGCAUUAGGGAAAUGUCAUUCCUUGUGGAACCAGAUGAUCAAUUCCUGUCUUAAAGAAGGAGUAACAUGGACCUGGGAAAUCCAGCCCCAUGUACCAGAGUACAGAGCAAGGCUGCUAAUGAACGGGACGGUGUACCACCAUGAAGAGUGCAGUCAAAGAGUAAUGGGCAAGGUUGCCUGUGGCCUUAUCGGUUAGCAACGGGGAACAGACAUUGCUCAGGCAAAAGGGAAGGCGGUUAGUUUUUCUUGUGGGACUGACAUCAUCAUUCAGCUGCCUGGUGGGUGGCUAAGUAGAUACCUGAUGGGUGACCAGGUACCAUGCAUGAAUAUUUCAAAGCAAGAGAAUGCAGUCCACUGUGAUUGCAUAGCUGCAGCUGCAAGGUGUGCAAAGAAGCCAGGAUAACAUAGGGCUGACUUUUGCUUUUAAACUAUCUGGCACCCAACAUUAUUACCAUUAGUAUUGAUUACAUUUUUGCCCCAUCUUUCCUCUCAAAGGAGCCUAGGGUGGCAAACAACCAAACAGUAAAAUAAUACAAUUGUUUUUAAACAUGAAGAAUAUUUAAAGAGAGUCACAUUUUGUCAUGGACUGGUUGGAUGCGGAGAAAUGGUGGGUGGAACCAGCUGAGGAACCACCAAGGGAGGAAGGCUCAGAGCCCAGGGAUUGGUAGUGGGACAACGAUGAGUGGUCAGAGGGAGAAGACUAGGAAGAGGACGUGUCAGAAGCUGAAGAGGUAGCCGGGUUUAGUGAGCUGGGAGAGUCUGUGGCAGAGAGAAGUCCAGAAUCAGAGGCAGAAUAUGAAGCAAGCGAGAGGAGGCAGGUCUAGAAGCAGAGAUGAGUCAGGCUGGUGAAGAGUCAGAGGUGUCUACCACUCCUGCUGCAACAAGCUCCCUUCCUCCCAGAACCAGGAGAGGGAUGAAACGAUGCCUUAUGAGGAACGGCUAAGGGAGCUGGGCAUGUUUAGCCUGGAGAAGAGGAGGUUAAGGGGUGAUAUGAUAGCCAUGUUCAAAUAUAUAAAAGGAUGUCAUAUAGAGGAGGGAGAAAGGUUGUUUUCUGCUGCUCCAGAGAAGCAGACACGGAGCAAUGGAUCCAAACUACAAGAAAGAAGAUUCCACCUAAACAUUAGGAAGAACUUCCUGACAGUAAGAGCUGUUUGACAGUGGAAUUUGCUGCCAAGGAGUGUGGUGGAGUCUCCUUCUUUGGAGGUCUUUAAGCAGAGGCUUGACAACCAUAUGUCAGGAGUGCUCUGAUGGUGUUUCCUGCUUGGCAGGGGGUUGGACUCGAUGGCCCUUGUGGUCUAUUCCAGCUCUAUGAUUCUAUGAUUCUAUGAAACAGGUGGCGCAAAGAUAAGCUGCAUCCAGGCACAGACUCCAAUUGCUUGGAAAAAGCACCAGAGAGGAGGAGACAUAGAUGGCUAUCUUUCUUGAAAAAGAAACUUCAAGACUCAAGAAAGUCAGGGAGCUGUUAUGAGGUCAUGUACAGGUGUAGCCUAAGUCAGGGAGAGGACAGUUGUCCUCAAGAGUGGACAGUCUAGCUUUAAACCCAUACUGCUCCUGGCACAGAACACAUACCUGUACAGUGGUACCUCAGGUUAAGAACUUAAUUCAUUCCAGAGGUCCAUUCUUAACCUGAAACUGUUCUUAACCUGAAGCACCACUUUAGCUAAUGGGGCCUCAUGCUGCUGCCGCGCCGCUGCCGCGCGAUUUCUGUUCUCACCCUGAAGCAAAGUUCUUAACCCGAGGCACUAUUUCUGGGUUAGCGGAGUCUGUAACCUGAAGCGUCUGUAACCUGAAGCGUCUGUAACCCGAGGUACCACUGUACAAGCCAAAUAAACGUACAGUAUGGAUUCUUAAUACAGCCAACGUAGCGUUUUGAAGGAAAGUAUUUUUCUGUGUUAUCCACUUCAAAGCCUGCUUGUCCAAUUUCAUGCUAUGGGCCCUACAGACCGAGUUGCUCUGUGCUGUGGAGCUAAAUGUGCUUUCCUUUGAUUUGAACACAAAAGUUGAAACCUGGGUUCUGUUGUUGAUAAUUUUAUAUUCUCAUGGCUGAGCAGGGAUAGUACAUAUCCAAUAUAAUACCCAUCCUGCCACAGUGACUUGCUUGAAAGGUGGUCCAGCAAAAGUUGAUCAGAUAAACCUGGGAUGCAUCCCUUAUUUUCUGGAAUGAGCAUGGCAGCAAGACAACAUUUCAGUCUUUUCUGGAACAGCUAGGAAGGCGUUAUAAAAAGAAUGUAUGAUGGGCAGUGACUCUGCGCAGAGCAUACAUAUGUUCAUGUAUAUACAAUAAUCUAUGGGGACACCUGAGGUUUUAUAUCUGAACUUUAAAACCUUAAAGUUUAUUCAUUUGAAGUUUCCACCUGGAAGGGUCACAUGUUCUCCUGCCAUUUCCCCGGUAACAAAGGCCAUCCACAGGUAUACGUGUCUCAUAUAUCAUAAGGUUUGUCCUUUCUUCCUCUGCAGGUGUUUCAGAGACGGCAGAAUGGGCUGACAGAUUUUUUUCGGAAGUGGGCAGAUUAUCGUAUUGGCUUUGGAAACUUAGAGGAUGAGUUCUGGCUGGGUAACAAACCUUUACCCUUUUCUUGUCCCUGUCACUGUCAGCCAUGAAACCAGACACCUGUCCAUCAUAUCAUCUUGCAACAGGCGCACUUGGUUUCUCUCUGUGUGUCAUUCAUUUCUUCUUUGCCUUCUGUGCAUCAUCAGACAGUUAUCUGUCUCUUUCACUCUUCCUGCAUUCUCCAUCAAUCUGCCUUUUGACUUGUCAGGUUUCUCCAUUCUUUGUCCUGUCCGUGUUCCUCAUUAAUGAUGGGCUCUGUGGCAUGAAAGGCUCGUAACUGGGACCUGGUCACUGCUUCAUUUGUUAGGUAGAGCAGCAAGCUUAAUUGCCCUUUAGCCCCCAUGGAACUGUGGUCAAACAUCCUUUUGCUCACAAAGCAAGCUAGAUGGAGUCAUUUCGUUCCAUUUCAAUGCGCUUUGUCUGCAUCACAGAUAAACUCUGCCAUUCAGCAUGAUUGGCAGUUUCUGCUGAGGGAAAAGCCCAAGCAUAAACUGAGGAAUUCUUUUGGGUUACAUCAAGCAAAUGUACAUCUAACGCAAAAUAUGUUAGCCCUAUCUCUGGUGCGUAGGAAGGAUGUAUCAACACUACAUAAUUAAACUGAUUUGAUAAUAAUUCCACCACCCCAGGGAACUCUGGGAACUGCUGUUCUAUGAGAGGAGCUCAAGGUCUCUAACACACAAUUCUCAACACAUUCACCAAGCUACAAUUACCAGGAUCCUUUCAGAGGGCAAGGGGAGCCUGGCUUGCAAACUGCUAUAUAACCCCAGCAGAGCAGAGACACACCUGGAAUAUUUUUAGUGGCAAAAGUAGGAAUUUUAGCACUGCUGAAAAUAUAACUUGUUUUAUUGAGUUUUUAUUUUCUCAUGAGCUGUCUAUGAAGAAGAAAGAUUGCAGAAAAACAAUUCACCCUAUAGGCAGAAAUAUGUGUAGCCGAUGAGCCCAAGGCUACGUCUGAUGAGUUUAUUCCAUUCUUGAAACAGUUGUGGGUGGGGGGCAAUCAGGGGACCGUGGAGGAGCUGGCUGUAGAGGUCAGAGUACUGGCAACAGCUUAUGUGAGGCACGGCCAAAGCAACAGCUUAUGUCACGCAGGCCAAAUUGGGGCCACCAGGGAUCAAAAUUUGGCUCAUGAGGCUGUUUUGCCGCAGCCAUGCCCACCUGCCCCACAGCUGAAGUCAGGUAUGGGCCAGAAAAAGACAUGGCUUCAAAGAAACAGCCAGGAUUGUGUUUGCCCUUUGCCGCUCUCACCUGGCAUGUUAGUUUCUCAUAUGGCAAAUGUUUAUUGAAUACAUAAGUUGAUCAGACUGUGGCAGGAAUCCACCCAGCACUCAUGGGGAAAUCUGGCAUGAUCUCUUAGAGGAAUCAAAUGAAACUUUAACACAUGGCAUGAUAAAAGUCUGUACUUUUAUCAGGACAAGUUACUUGUUGUUUACUGUUGUAACAAUUGUUUCCUCAAAAUUUAUCUUCUGUACCAUGAAAAUAAAUAAAAACAGUAGAAAGAAAGAAAGAAAGAAAAAAGAGUCAGGAGUUAAGAAUGUGCUCCCAACAGUUCUUCUGCAAGCAGGGUUUGUCACAGAGCCGAAUCCAGCUACAAGCCUCAUUUGUGGCAGGGCAUCUUCUUGGCACACAAAGCUCAGAUUCAAGUUGCUCCUGCAAAGGAACAUUGUGCCUUGCUGCCCAGCUUGAACUCGUUGGAUGGCAAAGGCAAAAAAAUCUUUCUUAAAUGCACAUUGCACCUGCAAAGGAAGAAAGGAAAAAUUAGGAGUGCAUUCCUGAUUCUGUCCUUUGAAGUUGUCACCUGCUGUCAUGGUACUGUCAGGUGAUCGACACAUGGGUGGCCCCACACAAUGGGGGGGUUCCUGUUUCCCCUUCCCCAAUGUAUGCCCAUGGAACAGCGAUUCCCCACCCUUGGGUUAUGGAAUAUUGGGAUAAAAUAGUUAUUUCCCACUUCUCAUGGAACUUUAUAAAGAGUUAACAGACAAUGGUGUUUUUUAUUGCUGACCUACACCUGACUCCAUGCAUUCUUAUAAUGGCCAGUUAGGUAGGGGAGGAAGCACAGAGCAACAAAUGGACAUUCCAGCAUGAGGCUUGGCUUCUGGGUCCCAUUAUCCAGAACCCACAUCCAAUUUGCACCUCCUGGACAACAAAGGCUAGACUCAGGACAGAGGGGAUUCAACAACAACAACAACAACAACAUGGAGCAUGGCAAAUUUCCACUCUCCUUUUACUCCCAAUUCCACAUCGCAGCAUGUGCAUUGAGAGCCGGUUCUUACACCGUGCUGUUCACAUGAUUUCUAGGCAUGCAAUCCUAUAAACUCUUUUUUAUUGUCUUUCUAGGACUAGACAAUAUGCACAAGAUCACAUCACAGGGGCGCUAUGAACUGCGGAUAGAUAUGAGAGACGGCCAGGAAACAGCCUUCGCAUAUUAUGACAAGUUCUCCGUUGGAGAUGCCAGGAGCCUGUACAAGCUUCGGAUAGGGGACUACAAUGGCACUGCUGGUACAAAUUCAGGGCACAUUCCCCACUUGCUACUCCAAGACUUUUUUCCUCAGGCUUAACAGCUCUCGCCUCACCCACAAGAGAGAUCAGCCAAUUCUCUCCAUGCAAACCAAACACAUUUCUAUUUAUCUCCACCCCACCCAUGUAUUUCAUUCUCCUCCUCCCCCAGUUUAAUUCAUAAGGUAGGGAUAUACAAAUAGGACCCAUGCAGCUGCUUUUUUGAAAGUAUGCAAUGUGGCCUUUAUAAUAGUUAGUAGGUAAGCCCAAGUGUCUCCUGAGGAUAUAACAAACAUAGCUUGGUGGUGAUCCUUCUUUGCAUGCAAAAGGUCCCAGGUUCAACCCCUGACAUCUCCACGUAAGAUAAUCUCAUGUCGCAGUGGUUUAGAUGAGGUAGAUGGACCCAUUCAUCUGAAACCCUAGACUGCAGAUUCAUAUGCGCCCAUAUAACACUUGGCCAAAAGAUGUAAACAUCUGUCUCCCUCUUGUAUCUAUCAGUGAUGAUGAGCUUCUAAAAUGGAACCCAGGCUAAUGCUCAGCCAAAAAUGGGGUGGGGUGAUUUUUGCAAACAUUUUUGUUUUUCUCUCCCCCACCCCAUCAGUGAAUAUUCAAAGGAGCUCAAAGUGUUCACCUGUUAUGGCAACUGGAACUUUCCACGUUCCUCAAGCCAUACUGAUGGCAAUGUGUAGGUGAUGGACUGAUGAUUAAAUCUGUACAUUGAAAUUUAUACCUCCUAUUCCGUGUUUGUGCAAGGAAUAUGAAAAGUAGGUGGGCUGUGAAGCUGUUUUAGCAAAGUACAACACUUGCAUGCUUUGCAUCUUACUAAAGUUUAGGAAUAAGGAAAUUACACAUUUUUAUCCUUUUAUUUGUGGUCUCCGGGCCUCCCUUUCGUCACCCUAAUUGCAGGAAGGGAACCACACAUUUUUAGUAAGAUAAUCAAAAAAGGUUUACUUACAUUUCAAUGCAGGCAGCAAAUACAAUACAGGUAAGAAAACCUCUCAGGUACAAAACCCAAAAGCUGGUUUCAAAAUAGGUUGUGUGUGUGUGGAGCCCCCAGACACAUGUCUGAUAAGUUUAGAAGCAUGAUAGAAUAGAGAGUCUCCUCAGAAGCAGAAGGAAGUAAAAAGGACAGUCUCCUGUGUUAUAGAAUCCCUGCCCAGAGGAGAAGUAUCCACACAGAUGUUCCUCGCUAGGGAGUGUAAGAACUCUGUGUACUAGGCCCAAUUAUUUGCUUUGUGUAUUCAUAAGCACAUGCGCAUAAGCAAACAGUUUGGGUGGGGAGGAUAUCCUCUGCCAUGAUGCACUCAUUUCUUCCCUCUGAAUGGGGGAAGGGGGAGAGACUGGCACACAUCCCUGAUGCCAAGGCAGUGAGAAGACAUGCCCUAUGCCCUCCUGAUCAGAAUGAGGAUAGUGAGAGGGCUUCCUUUGCCAUCCAUGAUGCCUAAUGGGUUGUGUAAUUACACCAGUUGUUCUUGAGGGUGGGACGAUGCAAAAACAGUGGUGUCGAUGCAACAGCAGGUGCUCUUAACCAGCCUAGAAGAUGCUGCCAGAGACUAACAUGGCUCUGGAAAUAGCAUAAAAGAUGCAUGUACUGGGGCAGGGGGUGUCAAACAAUAUGUCAGGCUGCCUGAAACACAAAAAGACUCCCACACUGUGCACCACAUACGUGCAGCAACCCCCAGAAGCUGCUUCUGCUUGCUUCUUAAUUUGGGCCACUCUCACAACUUGGGGCUUGUAUGCACUUUGCUUGUCCUGCCCUUAGAAAGCAGGGGUCCAAACAGUUUUCAACUUGUCCCAUGCUUUCUAGACAUGGGUCAGAGUAGUUUUCUAUUCACCUCACUGCUUUCCCCGGGAACACCUGCCAUUUAACGCUGAAUCAGAUCAAACGUCAAUCCACUGAAAAACCCGACUGGCGUUUGCUCCGAUUAGGAAGUAAAGAGUGGGUUUUCCCAGGAGAAAGCAGGGGGGAAAGCAGAAGUGAGGACAAGCCCUCAGUGCUUGUUCUGCACAGAGCCAAAACCAGUGCAGCCACCGAGCGACAAACAUACAUGCAUGAACUCAUGCAUGAACUCUGUCCCUUUGCAGGCAGAAGGAAAAUGACCUGUCUUCUGUUGCAGGGGAUUCACUCACAUAUCAUCAAGGGCGCCCAUUUUCCACCAGAGACAGAGACAACGAUGUUGCUGUCACAAACUGUGCCAUGUCAUACAAAGGUGCCUGGUGGUAUAAGAACUGUCACAGGACUAACCUCAAUGGCAAGUAUGGCGAGUCCCGACACAGCCAGGUAAGUGGAGGGUCAGUUCAGGCUGCAAACAGGAGCUCAGCUUCUCUGCUUGUUAAUGAUAUGUUUUGCACGCCUCUUAGCUCAUCAGAAGAGAGCUGUGUGGUUAAGAGCAUGAGCUCUCAUCACCUGGUGACAAGCUUCCUCCUUAUAGUGAACCAGCACAGCAGUGAAAGCACUAGACAAAGUAGUUUUCUUUCAUAGGGUGGUUUUAUGUCUGUGUGGAGUUUUUAUACAGGGAAUCGGGGUUUUUUAUUUUAAAAAAUAUAAUUUCCUACCUGCAGUCUAAAGUGGUAUAGCGGAGGCUUCUGUCAUCUCAAGUCCUGGUCUGUACAAUGCUAAAUAAUGCAGUGCUACAACUUCUGGGGUGGCAGAGAGCACUAGGCUAUCGGGGAGAAAGUUUAUCUUGCCUCUCCCUCUUCCAGCUAUGUUAGUAUUCUAUUUAAACUAAGCUUUUCACAUGGGGAGCAUUCAUUACAAUGGUCCUCCUGCCGAAGCCCGAAGCAGUUCUCUUUACCAUCUCAAGUCUCUGUCACUUCAUUCUUCUGAACGUGCAAAUCAGGCCUAAUGUACUUUGAAUAAAAGUGCUCUGCGGUUUAAAUCUUAUAAUUAUAAACAGAAUAAAGCCAAUCCUGCUUUAUUUUAAGCCUUAAAAGUAUUUCAGUAGGAAGUGGUUGUGAGUGCCCUGUUCUACUCCUCAUGGCAUCCUCCCUUCUUGUUAUGCUACCAGAAUUAUCCCAAGUACAGUGGUAUCUCAGGUUAAGAACUUAAUUCGUUCUGGAGGUCCGUUCUUAACCUGAAACUGUUCUUAACCUGAAGCACCACUUUAGCUAAUGGGGCCUCCUGCCGCCGCCGCCGCGUGAUUUCUGUUCUCAUCCUGAAGCAAAGUUCUUAACCCGAGGUAAUAUUUAUGGGUUAGCAGAGUCUUUAACCUGAAGUGUCUGUAACCUGAAGCGUCUGUAACCUGAUGUACCACCGUAUCCCUAUCCCUUUGGCAAUGACCUUCCCCCUGCUUUGCCCACAGGGUAUUAACUGGUACCACUGGAAAGGACACGAGUUCUCCAUACCCUUUGUGGAAAUGAAGAUGAGGCCCUACAACCAUCGCAACACCCUGGGGAGGAAGCGGCGGUCCCUGCAGCUGUGA